CGUUCGUCAGUCUUUUUAGUCGUAAACCGUAACGCCGUUUGUUGUGCCGUCGCCCGUUAACGUUCCGCGCGCCCGUCAGUCGAUCAUUCGCCUCCGGUCCGUUCUCAUCGCCGUCGCCGUCGUGUUGUUCCGUGUGCAGUCCGCGUGCGCGCCGUCCGUACGCCCGAGUUUUUACAGCUCUACGCAUUUUUCGACCGUGCGCCGCCGUCGUGUGCGUUUUGCGCGCGCGCGCGUACUCGCGUGAAAACCGUACACUGGUCGCAAACACCGUCUAGUCUAGUCGUAGUCUUCUCGUACAAGUAUUGUGGUGAAUAAUAAAUUCCCGGUUCGCGUGUGAUCGUGCCGACGAAAUUUACUAUUAUAGUUUUUUUCAUUUUUCCUGUUCGCUUCUUCUUUACUCUCACUCUCUCUCUCUCUCUCUCUCUCUCUCUCUCUCCCCCGAUACGUCAGACACUCACUCACACACACGCGCGCAAACAAACAAACACACAUCACACAUAGCGGUUUCGAUCGCCCCGCCGCCACCAACGCCGCCGUCACACGGUGUCGUCGCCGGGUCGAUUCACGCGACUCCCCCCGCAUUACGGUUAAACGAAUCUCGCGGGCCCCCGACGAUACGGAAUCCGCCGGCGUUUCAAAACGGUCCUGCCUCUAUUGUGACAACGUGAAAACAGUGAAGAGGAGAAAAAAAAACACACAUACCUGCGACGUCUGUGUCAGGCGUAUUAUAAGGGGGGAAAAAACGUUAUAAUAUUAUAGCGCGGUCCGGUAUCGAUCGCCCGCCCAGACGGUACCUAAUGCCGUCGCCGAACCGUAGCAGCAGCAGCAGCAGUAGUAGUAGUAGUAGUAGCGGUAGUCCGGGUGCGACCGCUUUAACGCGGUUACCGUCGUCGCAACCGCAGUAGUCCCGCGUGCCUACGAGACGGGGAAGAACCGCGGCGGAUUGAGCUGUUCGGCGAGCCAUGCCGGCCAGUGGCCGUGGGCCGGAGCCGACGGCCGCCACCCCCGCAGUGGUCAAUACGGCCGCCGCCAAGAAGACGUCGCUGGAAAGCGGCGACGAUUCCGAGGAGGAGAGCGAAAUCCUGGAGGAGAGCCCCUGCGGCCGGUGGUUGAAGAGACGCGAAGUGGUAAGAGCCGAUGAUAUUUUUCAAUAAUGUCGUUUAACGAGAAAAAAAAAAAUCACGACGAUUCGCCGUAGCAAUAUUAUCAUUAUAAACGAUGGCGGGCGGUUUUCUUUUGAAUUCUUCCGGUAUCGUCGACGCGCGGCCGACAGUAAUUAAUUAAUGGUCGUCCGAAUAUUGAACUCGCGCCGCCCGUCCGAGCGUUAUGAUCCCGAUCGUCGCGGUCGUAAAUCUCUGAUAACAGAAUAGUGAUAAGCCGGUAUUUUAAACACGCGUUCCGGAUCGAUAACGCGGUUACCGCCGCUAUAAAACAACAACAGUAUAAUAAUAAUAAUCGCCGUUGCGCGACGACCACCCACGAUACGAUUUUGUUUUAAUCAUUAUAUUCUGUAUUGUGCUCUGCCUACCUAUCUACUUACCUAAUAAAUAUUAGUAUCGGCCGAAUGUAAUACCGCGUUAUCGUUGACAACGUUGACACGCGCGUUAUCAGAUACCCGCGCUACUAAUCAAGUAAUGAUGAUAAAUCUUAUCGUCUGACCGGGUAUUCGCGUUGCAUAGGUAUUGUUAUGCGGACAUUAUAAUAUUACCCAGUGGCGUGUCGGAACAUUUUUUCUUCAUACUCGAGGCAAAACGAAAAAAAAAAUUAGGACCCGCCCAAUCAAAACACGGGUUUUCGCGUGUGCCUGUUACGCGUAAUUGUCAUAAUUACAGCUGUAACUUUAUUCAGCUAUAUUGACUUCACAAUAUAGGCUAUCACAUCCACGAGUAGGUGUAGUUUAUUAAUAAUAUAGUAAACAAAACUAAAGGCAUCUGUCUCCGGUCUUGGCCGAUUCUUCUUCUCGUACUAUUUGACAGAACCUCCGAACCCGGUCCUUAUAUUCUUCAAUUCAUCCGUGACGGUAUCGCUGAUAACCGCAUCUCGCCAAUGGACAAGGUAAGUGAUAAAGCCGUCUUAGAUGCCACAUGUGCCGCCGUCGCAGAUGAAUUAUUAACGUACAUGAGGAUUAUCGGACACGUAAGAUGUUGAGAACAUUAUCCGUGUUUAUACUUUUUCUUUUUUUUUACGGCGCUUCAAUUUUUACAUGCAAGUUACGAGUGUGGAAAAUAUUACAAUUUAAACACGCUCGUGACUCGUUUUGAAAUCGAAAUAUCGUGAAAAAGCCCACGCACAAUCAUGGAUAACGUUCGUAACUUAAAGUUUGAUACUAGGUGAAUUCACUGCAUUUGGUAACCUAACGGCACAAUUUUGGUACCUAUCUGCUGAACGUGAAUUUGUUAUGCGGCGUGCGGAUUGGAAAGGGAAAACAAAUAAUAGUGCGCCAGACGCCCUCGCAGAUAAUUGUAACGAUGCGAGUUUGUUUAUUGUCCGUGUCGGGUUAUCAAACUUUUUAGCCUCACUGAAAUCAGAAAAAUUCCUCGAUUUCACGUAUCUAAUCAACAUAGGUGCCUAUAGUUAAUGUGUUUAAACAAAUCCUGAACGUAUGCAUUUUUUUGUUUAAAACUAAACCUGUCCGUACCAUUAUAACACAUUUGGAUUAGUAUCAAUAAUAGUGAAUAAAAUACAUGUUAAUAUAAAGCACAUUCGCAGUUAGGUAUUCGAUUGAUAGUUUUACGGCGCGUGAAUUACAUAAAAAAAAAUAUAUAUAUGUACAUUAGCCCGGGUAGUAGGUACACAUUAAGCGUACAAUAAUAAAAAAAAAUUAUCGAAUACAAUAUCACCCCUCCUUGUCAAAAUUCUAAAUUACAGAUUUCUCAACGAUUUCGUACUGGUCGGGGGGUUUUUUUUAUUUUUUUUACUUUUCAAUCAAACAAAUUUUUUUUAACAUUAAAAAACAAACGGACAAAUAGAUACGAACCAUUAUAACCCGCCGAGUACACACAUGUCUGCCAUGUGCCCACGUUUACCGGCCGUUUACUUGUAUAUUUGCGUAUAUUUGUUUAGUUUGUGUUCGCGCUAUCACACUCGACUAUAGUGCAGCGCGUUAUCACUGUGUAAUCAAAAAUCGAGUCAAAAACGGACAACAAAUGCACGGCCAACGUUUUAGGGACACCUACUACACAAUUAAAUCGGAGUUUUCAUACACGACUGAUAGCCGAUAAUUUCUCGUCUGCGUAUUUUAUAAUAUUGUUUUUGUUUUUGGUUUGCUGCAGUAUUGUGCAAUUUAAAACCAUUUCACGAAACUUUAAUAGGUACUUUAAUACUCGCUUUAAUAAAACAACUAUUCAUAAUAAAUUUUACUAUUAGUAAUAGUUCUGGUUUUAAAACUGAUUAGAACAGUCAUUUUCGUUGUUUUUAUAUAUAUGUAUAUUCGUUACUUUGAAUGAACCGAAUUAUUUAAAUACCAGUUGUAUUAUCGAUUUGCAUCAUAAAUUGCGCACGUUAUACUCGAAUCGAAAAUAAUUUUAAAAAAAUACGACUAGACGGAUCUAUACUCGCGUUCAAAAUGGUAAAAUCUCUGUGCGUUCCACAGAUUGGCGCUACAUUACUCACGCAUACAAAUACUUACUUUUAUCAGACGUGCUUUGACGAUUACCCGAUUAUAGGUAUUCGUGGUCAAGUAGGUAUUUCCGUGUAUUUUGCCGUUGUAAUCUACAGCAGCGUUCGGUAACCUGCAAGACCCACUGGGAAGUUAUCAGAGCUCGCCAAACUCGUCUUUUCUCUCGUUUUGGUUACGAUAGUCAGAUGAAUUUUGAUAUUUUCCGGGCAUCCCUGAAAAUACCCCUGAAAUUAUAAUAAGUUGAAAUAAUUUACUAUUAUUGGUUUAAACCGAAGUUAAUUCACUGAUUGUUAAACCACCGAUUUCGGCGAGAUAAGUUUGGUUCAAAAAUGUUCUGCAAUUUGAUUGGUUGUUCAUUAAUGUUGAUAACGAACAGUGGUAUUAUGAUUAUCAAUAAUUAUUAUUGAUUACUUGUUUUAACGUUUGAACUUUCUUUUAUGUAAAACCUACGAGUUUUCUUUUGUUUAUUACAUAAUUGAAAAUUAUGAGAAUUCGUGUAGAAAUUAAACGGACGCUCAAUUUUACGGCACAAGAAGAAGAUUCGUUAUUUCAACUUGUGCAAAAAUUUAAACCAAUUGUGGAGUGCGAAAUGAGAAACAGUAUUUAAAAGCUAUAAGCAUUGUCAAUUCAAUGAAAUCUUCUGUCAUAUAAUCUUCAUUAACAGACAUUGUAACCUCAAUAAUGUAUGUACGAAACUAUGAAUAAUUCGAAAACUAACGAACCACCAGCUAGUCCAACAGAUUGACUGUUUCGCUAUAUCUAUAGCUAUUCACUAUAGCACUAUAGCACUAUCACCUAUAGCUUUUUCAUUAAUUGCAUAGUGGUACCAUACGCACCUAUAUCAGAAAACAUCGGUAAUACCACAGUUUACCGGAACCGAAUAAAAUCUGUGAUUGUAAUAUCGGCAAUAAUUAAGCCUACGAGUCAGUUGAAAACCGAAGUUUAGCAAAUUCGAGUUAAACGGGCUUUAAUAUAUGGAUGGAAAUCUCUGCCUAGUAUUUUAUCAAUGAACAACAGUGGGGAAUAACCGAGGAGAGAGCGAUUAAUGGAUCACCCCCCCUCUCUAUUGAGGUUUACGUCACGUUAUAUUUGAAUUUAUAUUGACAAAAAUGUGUUGUUAUAAUUACAUAUCAUUGGUCUCUAGAUAAAUAAUUUAAUUACGAAAUAUCUUUGCGUCAACUGUUGAAAUAAGGGCGGAUUUGAACAGGAGCGUUUGAGGAGAGUACUCAGAAAUAUUCCACGGGACAGGUUAUGUUAGACAAUAUUUUCAAUUAAAAUUACCAAAAUUUGUAUGUUUUCCGUACCGAUUAGAGCAAGUAAUGGAUUUCCAAUAAGGUUAAUGUGAAGGGUGGAAGCCUCCUUUUACUCAAAAUUGAAGCUUAUGAUAUUUCGGUAACAUAUAUUAUGAUAUAUUAUAUGCCUAACCGAAAGCCAUAAAACACGGCUUAUUUACAAAGUAUUUAUAACCGGGUCGCGUUUGUUUAAUAGCGAAAUUACGAAAAUAUAAAUUGAUUAUCGUUACUAAAAUGAAUUAAAUGACGCGUCUAUGGCGUAUAAAAAACCCCGUGUAGCAGUUUGAAUAUUAUUAUAAUGUACAAAAUAUAUACGUGUAGACGUGUUUAAUUCAAUAAUAUCGCAGGUUGGCCUUGACCCUCGAAUAAAAUUCGUGUUAAACAUUCGAGCCCUUGUAGUAACACGGUGUUGUGUUGGCGUGAUAGAAUUUUCAUCGCGAACGAUAUUGGUUUUUUUUUUUUUUUUUUUAAGAUUCUGAGUGAAGCGUUUUACUGUGAUGCGUUUUUAGAAUUUUUCUGUUUGUGUUCGGACAACUUUUCUGCCAGUAUUCUCGAUCCAAUAAUCGAAAAACCACAAGAGAGCUUUCUUGUGGCGUUUUGAAUCUUGCAAUCAGUGCAUCGGUGAGGUCAUUUUUUUUAUUUUUCAAACGAGUUUCAUAAUAGUUGGGGAAAACCAAAGGAAAACUAAAAAGUUUACAAGAUCAUUAACGGUUUCAUUAUUUUGACGUUUUUAAUUCGGUUGGAAAUAAUUUUUACAAAAUACUACAUAUAUUAGCCUUUUUUAGACGCGGUAAAAUUUUCAAAAUAUUCUGACAAUUUUUCGAGCCAUUUUAAUGCCUUUACAAUUUUUCGGUCGAACAGAAAGAAAAACUUGAAAAUUUAAUACGAGAAUCGUUAUUAUUAUUUUAUAUUUUUGUUUGCGCGUUAUUAUUAAUGAAUCGUUGAAAAUCGCCGUACUUUUAAAUUCGAUUUCGAACGGUUAUGCAGUACGGCGUGCAUUCGAUUAUUUUAAACUCGUCUGAUAAUUCUAUCGCUGCUCCCGGUGACUAUAUAGGAACGGUUGAACGAACCCUGGGAAACCGAAUUGGUGUGUAUUAAUUUUCGUAUUUUUUUUUCCCCUCACUAUUAUUAUUAUUAUUGAUUAUUAAUUUAAUUUCCGCCGCGUUUCACUGUGUUACAUAAUAAUAAUAAUAAUAAUAUUAAGUUAUUGUAUUGCGUUUGUAACUUUUACCGACUUGGAGUUAAUUUCAGACGGAGUUAAAAAUAAACGUUUUCGUGCGUUUAAAAAUACUUUAUAGAUGAUAUUCGCCGUCGUUGGUCGUAUGAUUUCUAAAGGGGGAAAAAAAAGGCACCGAUUUCCAUUAUUUUUCGUUACUGUCGACUGUAUGCAGGUCGAACUAAAACCAACGUACGAUUUGUCAACGAACGGUACCCAUAGGUACCCAGGCAAAAGGUCGAAUAUUUUGGUCGUAAAUAUUAUGCGUAUCGGUUUUUUUGUAUUGUUUUUUUUUUUCUAAUCUAUUCAAUAACUCGCAUAUCGCACCGAUCUAUGACCUCAUACGUUAUCUAAAUCGCGUUAUUUACUAUCAAUCUGUUAUCGGACACCGAGCAACUAUAUCGCGAAUAUUUAGCGUCAGAGCCGGAUCGAUUCGCGAACUUUGCGCGAUAAUUAAAUAUUUAAAAUUGUAUACACCGUGUACGGACCGUCAGUAAUUUUCAUCGUCGUUAUUAUUAUGCCCUUGAUUUUUAUAAGACGUGAACGGCUAAUUAUUAUUAGUAUUAGGUACUGUAUCUGGGUUAUCAUCGUGGACAAAUUAAACCAUUUUAAACGCAUUCGGUUUUUAUUGCUUCGUUUAUACUUUAUUAUACUUGUGUAUAUAGAAAAAAAAAUAACAGUUUUUUCUCGUUUUAAAUGUGUUUUUGUUUUACAAAUGUGUAUGCUUUUUACACGUUUAAGGUUUUAAGUUUUCAAGAUAUCAAACAUGUUUUUUUUUUUUGUUUUGAACAUUAUAUUUGUAAAUAUAAUUAUUAACUAUAAAUAGAAUUUGAUCGUAAUUAUUUAAGACAAAAAUAACAAUUGGAGAAACAUAACUUCUUUAUUCAAAUGUUGAAAUGUGCAUACCUAUUGACUGUUUAUUUGAAUUUAUAUUUUAUUUUUUAACUAUUUAUGUAAAUAUCUUCAUUAUUGAGAACAAAUUUAAUUUUUGAAAAAUUUUUAGUUGUUUUUCAAGCAUAGGAACUUGUUGAAUAUAAAGUGUUUAAAACAUUUCGUAACUUUAAUUAUAUUAUUGUCUACGUUAUGCUGUUUUCGCUUAAUCUAUACUAUUUGAUUCAGGGUUUUGACUUUGUGUACAGAAAUAUAUUAUCGUCAGCUUCGCGUCAAAACCUCGCGUAAUUCGAUUUUUCAAAAUCGUAUACGUGGCAAAAUUUUCACUAAUGAGUUUUUCAAAAAUUCGAUAUACUUUUAAGUACGCACACAAGUAUUAUGUCCAACAAGGAUUCAAGAGGUUUUACCAAAUGCUUUACUGAUACAAACUGAUUUGUCGAAAACAGUUCAUAUAAGGCUAUUAAAGUUCAUUUAUUUUGUAUAAGUACCUAAUAUUAUCAUAGUAUAGAAAUAUCACGUAAAUUUUAUCACAACGAUAAUAUUAAACUGUAUAGAUAAGUAGACCUAGUAAAAGUCUACUUAUCCAUUUAAAAAAAAAAAUCAAUUUUUUGACUUAAAAGAUUUUGCGUACUAAUGGUAGUUUUUUUUUUUAAUACAACUAAUGGUUUAAAUUCACGUUGGUUUACCCGGUGUUCUGGACGGUUUUAAAAUAUACUGAUAGUUAAUAGACUAUUGAAAUUAAUUUCGAAAUUCUCGACACGUCUUAUGCAAAUUUGUAUACGUGUUCACUCUAUAUAGAUACCUAAUAUCAUACUGAUAUGAUAAAACGUUAACUUAUUAUAGUUUUUUGUAUCAGCUAAUCGUUAUAAUAGUUGCAAAUAUCACAUAUUAUACAUCUCGUUUUAUCGCAGAAAUUUAUCUUUUUAUUAUUAUGAUUCUACGAGUUCCUUGACCAGCGAUAGUGCCAAUUAUGUUGUGCACACGUUAUACGAUCUUUUUUUUUUCAUCACUUCGCGCUUAUACGCGUUCCUCAGUUAAUUAAUUAAUUAAUUCAUUUCACUCUACCGUGAAAAUUAAUUAUAAGUAAGUAAGUAAGUUAGUGAGUGGUUGGUAGGAAGGUAAUAUAUGUAAUUUAAUAAUCUUUAUGUGGACAUAAUAAUCACAUGUGCUGUUUCCGUUUUACAAAUAACAUAUAAAUACGACAUAGGAAAUUCGCUGUCAGCAGGAACGACUUAUUUGCUAUUAUAUUAUACUCGUAUUUUUAAUAUUAGAUAGUGAAUCAACCUAUAUUAUCAAACUCAAACAUUGACCGUGCAACUGCGGCAGUUUUAUUUCUCGAUAUUUUAAUUUUCAAGCGAGACGCGCAGGUGUAUGUAAAUUAUCACAAUUUAAAAAAGUCGUCUUGCUUGUUAAAAAUUAAAAUAUCGAAAACCAUUAUCCGCGUGGUUCCAGAGAUAAUGUUCUUAUACCUUUAUGUCUGAUAAUUGGCCAAUUCACUGUAAUAUUAAAACUGUUUAACGGCACAAAAUUGUCCCAGGAGUUGUCCUUCCUGAACUCAAAUUUGUUAUGCCGGUAGUAUCUAUACAAUUAUAAGACGCACAUGGUAUCAUGUAUUCUAAAUUUAUUAUAUAUAGUACCUAUUGAAUAUUGCUUAUUGAUAAUAUUAUUUUACCGAUCGACCGAAAUCGACGAUAAUCUAUCCAAAUCUCAUAAAAACUCAAUUAAAUGGUAUAUUGUCUAAUUGUAGCAGAUUUUACUUUAUAAAAAAAAAAUAAUAAUAAUAUAAUACAUAUAUAUUUUUGGUUUUAGGCCAACCUUAUAUAUCCCCCUUCUUCUACGCCGUUGUUCCCGUCGGAAUUCUCGCGAGUAUUUGUUGCAUUCCCUUACGAUCCAUUAAUUUAGGCGAAAACAACUAUUUUUAAUGCCCGACAUUUGGCAUGCAAAAUUGACAAGACAAUACUGUGUGGUUUGUUUCAAACGAUCGUACGGCUAUUAAGAUAUUGUUCGAAUUCGACGGAAGAACCCGCCAAUGUCUCGUGAAGUAUGUUUUGCGCGUCCAAUCGAUAGCGGUUACGUAUCGCUGUUUUUGAAAUCUUAUUUUUUUUUUUUUUUGAACACGAUAAAUUCAAUAGGUAGAUACGCGUUCUCCAAAAAAAUUCAAUACAAUUUAGUUUAUUUUAAACGAAAUUUUUGAAUUCACGUUUAUUUGAACCGUAAUAAUUAGCCGUUGCUUUCCGUAAACUUUAUACUGUAUGGCCGGAUGUAAUAUCGUGGUUAAUUUUAUUUAAAUAUAGUGAUUUAUAGUUAAAGGAAAACUUGAUUUUAAAAAACCGAACAUUCACCUACCCAAACGCAGUAGACUUCUAUGUGACUUAUGUAAGGUGAACACCUUCUAUUUCUCUCCCUCCCCCCCCCCGAAUUCAAAUGGUCUCUAUUUGCUGCUUGUGAUAAAUUAUAAGUCGAGCACGUGUUCAAGUUUUAUUUUUUCGCUAAUAAUGUAUAUCUACAUUGUACAUCGUAUAAAAUUAUAAGACAUUAUAAUUCAAAUAAAGAAAAACAAUAGUAUCUAACAUCGAAAUAACGUAAAACGUAAUAUCGGUACCAAUCAAAUUAUUUCUAUUACCCAUUUUAAAUAAUUAUUAAAACUGAAAUUAAAUUAUAAUAAAUUAUAUUAUAUCAUACGACUGUAUGAUAAGUCAAGCUUAUCUGUACAAUAACUGGCGGUUAAAUUAAAUAUUACGUUACGGCUUAUUUUUAGUAAAAUGGAUGGGUACCUUUUGUAUAUAAUAUUCAAAUAAGAAAAUCCACACUUUAAGAAACCCUAAUCAUUACCAUAAUAAUAUUAUCUGUGUAAAUAAACGCUUGAUAUUUUAAUCUAUAUUUAUUUAACAUUAAUUUCAAUGUGGCUAAUUUAAUUUAUGAAACAUUAUGACAAUCAUAAUCUGUACAUAAUUUUCGAAGACUUGGCAAUUAUUUUGUGUUCGUGCCGAUCAUCAUCUGCUUCUUCUAGUAUCGAUGAGUCAUAAUUACCUAAUUGAAAUUAGACAGAGAAUUGGGUUGGGUACCCAUAGUUAAAUUUUUUACGUAAAAUUAAAUUGUAUUGUUGUUUCCGUUUAGGAGCUUGCGCGUCACUUGUUUUUUUUUACUUAAAUGUUUUGUUUUACAUGGUGAAACUCGCAUGUCUUGUGGAGUAAACCGGUUUCGGUAACAUUGUUUUUUGUUAGAAAGAGGAAAAGCUUUUGCAUGGCGCAUUAGACUUUGAUUUUGAAAAUUAUAAUUCUUAACGAUGAAUAUAUAGCUCGUGUUUGAAUGUGACCAAUUUAUUUAUGUUUUGUUAUCUAUUUGUUUUUGUGAUUUUGUUAGAAAAUUUCCUUUUUCCUUUUUCGACAAAACAAAAAAAGAAACUUUCCCAAAUAGGAUCACUCUACGAGACAUUAAAGUUUUUUUGUAAAGUAUAUUUUGAGUAAAAAACAGGUUGUGCGCAGGUCCUUUAAAGUUCAAGCCUUAAUAUCUAUAUAUAUAAAUUUUUUUUACUUUUAGAAGCAAUUAUACAAUCUAUAUUAUAUAGACAAAAUAAUAUAUGUGUGGUUAGAAACGCAGAGAACAUGAGAUAAUUAAUUUGAAGAAAGAAACCACGCAAUAAUGACGCUUUCAAUUUGCUAUGCCUUAAUAUAAAAAUUAAAACUAAUUGAAUUAAGCACGUAUUUAAAAUAGUUAAGUCUUGAGUAUAAUUGUAAAUGUUAAAAAUGUUAUAAAAACUAAAAGGUUAGGUUUUAAAGUUAUUGCCUAUAAUCAGGGUUGCGAAGUGUUUUAAACACUUAUGUUUCGAACGUUUCAUAUAUAUAUAUUUUUAAAACCUUCAUAAAUUAAAUUAAAAUAUCUUAUAUUUUCUAAAGAAUGAAGAAAUAGUACCUAUUCAUUCUUAAAAUAUAAAUGAAAAGUUCAUAUACCUAUAUGUAUUUUGGACAAAGCUGUAACAUUUUAAAACUUAAAAUUUUGUUACACGCCUGUUUAUUGUAUAAUCACUGAUUACUAACUAUUAUUAUCACGUAUCGGGUUAGCAGCAACAGUGGUUUUAAUUUGUAUAAUUUUGUGAACAGCACGGUUUUACGUAAUGGUACGAGGUAUAUAUUAUUAAUAUUACUUUAUUGGAUUAUACUAUAAUAUGUAUAUUGCUACCGCGUGUAUAUUUUAUGUUCUCGACCUUGGUUUUUUUUUUUUUUUGUGCCGGUACCAUUUGCUUUUAAACGUACGCAUAUAACAUUGUACAAUAUUUAAUUAAUUGCACAGUACAUAUUAAAAUAUAACAAUUCGGUUGUCACAAAACGAGAAAUUAUUAUACGGAAUGAUAGGAUUUUACGGAAGCGUGAUCAAAUGCCAUUAUUUUAUAAUAAUACCGACUUGUGCGAUGGGCAGGUCUGCCCUGUUCAUUAAAUCCCGAAGAAAAGUUUUAGUUUAAUAUUGCAAUUUUUAUAUUCUCCGAGUCGAAGUACUCAGUACAUAAAUUGCGUGUUUUCACUCGGGAAAUUGUCUUAUUAUUAAUAUUCUUGAAACGGUAACAAAUUUUAAUAUAAGUAUUAUAAUAAUAUUAUAGUUUGAUGACUAAAAAAUAAUAAUUAAAUUUAACAAACGUUUGCAAUAAUUAUUCUACAGUAAAAUGUUUAUUUUUUUAAAAUUUAUUAUCUUAAUGAUCUCUGUUUAUGUAAUUAUACGUCACUAUUACUAUUGUUGGUGUCCCAUGGGUUUAAAGUCAAUUUUUUAGAUUUUAUAUCAUAGUUUUACAUGAUAUUAUACCAUAAUUUCUUUCUUUUUUUAAAUUUUUUUUAUGAAAUUGACAUGAUUCCGUUGAUUUUACAAUGCCGUUUAUUUCUUCUUUGUUCUAGUCUGUGGACACGGUUUUUCCUAGUAAAUUUGCUCCGACUUUUACGUUUAGCAAUUUUUCUGAAAGCUCAAGUUGUCUAGAUUGUACCUUAAACAGAUUACUUUUGAUUUUCGAUGCCAUUAUUUAAAUAAAAGCACAUAAGUGGGAAAAAAACGCAGGAAAACGUACAAUUUCACGAUUUCAUUAUUUUAUAAAAACAUGGACGAAGUUUUUUACGAGAAAAAAUAAUUUAAUCGAAAAAUCACAAACUACCUUUUUGAUUUACUUUUUUACGAUGUAUCGCCAAAAAUGUCGAGCCACUUUUGAACUUUAAAGGAAUUUUAAUUUUGGAAGUUUUUUCGCUGUUAUUCGGUUAUAAAUAUACGUAGAGACCUGAAACUUGGUAAUAAUACUUAUAUUGUACUUACCUAGACAUUGUAAAAUUUCCAAAAUCAUCGGAUGACUUUUUUUUUUAAUAAACGUUUUGAAAUCAAAUUUAAACGAAAAUCAUACAAAGAAUUACGGCAUUUCGAAUUAUGUAUUACCAAUCUGCGCUCAAAAUCGUCUUUCGUCAGCAAUAGUUUAUCUUUGCUUACAGAUAUAAUAAUCUUAUGUAUCUUACCUUCCGAACUUCCCACCUACAACAGUAGCUUUACCCGUUCCCCAGUAUCAGCUCUUUUUUAAACUUGGAUUUCUUAAACAAGUUUUAAAAUUCCAAGAUGAACAUACUGUUGUUCAGAGAUAUUGGACGACACAAGUCGUCCAAUGUGUCGAACCCGAGGUUGAACCUAAUCUUUUGGGAUUUUUUUCAUGAUAAGUAGACUUAAAAAUCCAUGCUCAUACAAAUACGCGUUUCAUAGGCAUUCAUUAUUCCGUUCUAUAAUUUAGCUAAAAUUAGGUGUACCUCGAUGGUUUUUGCAUAAUAUCGAAUUUAAUUAAUAAUAAUUUACGUAACGCUAAAUGUAUUGUUAUUUAUUUACAUUAAUUUAAUAUAAUAUUAAAACGAUAUUUAUACCCGGCCGUUAUUAUUCUUGUAGUUAUUUUUAACUGCAUAAUAUUAUAAUUUAAAGACAAUCGUUAAUAAAUAUUAUUUAUUUAGUCUGCAGUCUUUGGAAUUUGUUUUUACUAAUAAUAUUAUUAUUAUUUUAUUAUUUAUUCCAAUGUACGAUCGAAUUAAACUAUUGGAUCGUAUUUUUUUUUUCGGUCAAUAUUAAUAAACUAUAUAGUUGAUAAUAUGAGUUUGACGUUAAGUCCGGAUAACAUAUUUUAUUGGUAUAGACAUGGAAAUGCGUAAUUAAAAUCUGCGUCGAUAUUUUCCAUUAUAAAUGUCGUUAAAUCAUUUUAUACAAACUGCGCGUUCAUGGGUAGUCGAGUAUACCGUUCAGUUGCGCGGGUUUCAAGUUUUUUUUUUAUUAAAAUUUCUAAAACCAAUUGAUCAAAAAAUGUAUCUUUAACUUUUUUUUCUACAUAUAAACAAAUAGGUAUUAGCAGGUAUAAAUAAUUAAAAAAAAAAAAAAAAACUAAUUUUUAAUACCGUGUUCCUCGGAUAGGUACAUUGGAAAGAAGAAAAAAGAAACAUCUAACAAUGAGUAUAGCUGGUAUAUCGGACACCGAGUUAUUGUGUGAUGUUGACGUGGAUGCCUAUGGGGACGACCGUCGUUUCUGAGAAAAUAUUUCAAUGCUCGCAUACUAUAAGUGUUAUAUUAUGAUCAUGUAAGAUCGUACAGCAUAUUUUUAUAGGUAUUUUUUUUUUUUUUAAUAGAAAAACAGUGAAUUAAUUUAAAAUAAUUUUAAAAUAGAAAAUAUCCUCUGGGCUAGACCAUAUAUACAGUUGCUCGAAAAAGUUUCAAACACUGGUGGGUACCCGUAUAAUAUUCGAGAUCGUCGGCCUCGCUAUAAUAUUAUUGUCCAAAUGGCAUUUGUAUACUAAUAUAGAGUAUAACAGAAGAGAGCCAUUCAAUUAACGAAUACACCGUGUAAACGGAUGCGAAUUGAAAUGCCCUUAGCCCGAAACGUUGUGAUUCGCGUCGCGGGACUCUGGUUACGGGAUAUAAUAAUAAUAAUAAUAAUAAUAAUAUUAUUAUACGAAUCGCAAAUUAUUUUGACAUUGACUCCCUCGCGGCUAUAUUAGAGCACGGUGGUGGGGGGGGGGUGGUGUUGGUGUACUCCUCGAAUUUCUUCGGAACGAGCUGAUAAUUCUAUAACAUAGAACCGGAGUCGGUGUGAUAAUAUUAUUAUUAUUAUUAUUAUUAUUAUUAUUAUCAUCAUAAUCAUCAUCAUCAUUAUAACCUUGUUUAUCGUAUUGAAUGUACGCAUAAUAUAUUAUACGGUUACGUUAUAUUUGUGGGUACCUGCAGUAAUAAUAACCGUCCGGAUUGUAUGCGGUUGAAAAAAAACAACUAGUUAUAAGUAUAUAUAUAUAACAACUUAAAUGCAUCUUAUUAUACAUCGAUAUCGUCUACAUAUUAUGUUAUAUUCUCUGGAUUCGUAUAUAUGUAGGCAUAUACGUAUAUAUUUACAAAACGUUUUUGUUAUUCUCGGUAUCGAAUUCCUGUUAAUUAUUUAGAUUCUGAGUGCAGCGAAGAACCAACGAAGUUUUACUAAAUUAUUCGCUCUUUUUCACGGAAAACAACCUUUCGGCUGGUAAAAAUGAAACAGUUCUUUCGAGCUUUUUAGUACUUUUUCCAAAAAAUUCGUUUUUUAAGAUUUCUCGGAAAACAUGUUUUCAGUAAGUAAGAAUUAUCCAAAUUAUUUGCAUCGUAUCGUAAAAGGUGCACGUUAUUCAAACAACAGUUCUAACAGGAAAUGUCUACACAUUGGUUUUAUUUUUGUUUAAUUCUGGGUUACCUUGGUUACGAGACAGACAAAUAAUACACUACUCCGAUUACAAUCGUUUUUUCGUUUACAAUGAUUUUUUCGUUGCAUACAGUAUAUACUACUACUAAAAAAUUACUCUGUAUAUCAUAUCUUGUCAACUAUUCACCUACAACAGUGGACUAGCCUACCCGUGAAAAAUAUCGACUUUGUUAACUUUUGAAAAUAUUUCUAUGUAUUUUUAAUUUUAUUUCCCCAUACUAGAAUUAUAAUAUUAUUUGAAAGACAUUUUAUAUAAAUACCUCGCAGUUGUACGUUUUCAAUAUUUAUAACUGUAUUGAUUAUUACUGCUGAUUAAAAACGCUAUUGUGUUGUUAUCUUGGUUUUUAUUUACCUAUACAUAUACACGAUAUGUUAAUAUCAUCAAAAUACGUAGCUAUACCUAUAUAAUAGUAUACACUUAUACGUCAAAAUAUACGAUAAUGUUAUAAAAUCCUGUUUGUACUAGUGUAGGUAUAUACCGUUAUAUUAUUGCUUAAUUAUCAUUAAACUGGCACGAUGGCUAAAAUAGUUUUGGUAAAUUUUUAAAGUGUUUUCAAGGACGUCCGGGAAAGCCAAUCGAAUACCAUAAGAACAAAAGACUAUGGUAAUACACUACUGAUCGUAAUUUUCGUGUUAUAAUAUAUAUAUAUAUAUAGGUAUAGGUACAUAUACCGCUACCUAUCACAAAUAAAUUAAAUUCUUUACAGAAACUCAUUUUGCAUUGGUCGAAAAAUUCGGACACUGGGUAAAAAUUUCAUUCGAUACAACAUAGUAUUAUAUUUUAUCGUUCUAAUUUUUUUUCUCUCGUAUAUUUGGCGGUGACACUAAAAUAUCGAAUAUAGGGUCGAGUAUAUCAUUACUAUUAGGUAUUAUGUUUUUUGUUUUUUAAAGGGCGUUGUCCUGUAAUGUUCACGUAUACGCACUAAAUCUGAUGUCAUUUCUCUUUAACGAACAUAUUAUUACAGUAAUAUGUUCUUUUUGUUUUGUAAUUGAUAUUUUUAAACAACAUAUUGUAUUUAGUUUAAAUGGAGAAAUUAUAGUUUGGUAUAAAAAUAUAAUGACAUAUACUUUAUGUUUUCAUUCGAACUACUGCUCAGAAUGAAGAAGAGGAAAUUAGCCUAAUAUGUAGGACAUCUGACGAGAGACUCAAGUGGAGAUUUUUCAUUGAGCAACGGAGAAAAUUAAUAGUAUCAAGGAAUGGAUUAAAAUGGCGGGAAUAGAAAAUAGUGGAAACGAUUUAUUAGGAUUACUCUCGGGAAUACCUGAGAUUUCAGCCUCGAAGACAUAACACAUGAAUAAUAAAAAUAUACUUUUUCUUUAUGUUAUAAUAUUAUGUGUAUUUUCAAUAAAAUCUGUACAAAUUCAGUAGGUAUACUCAUGCAUUAUUAUUUUAAUAUAACGGGUAACCCAUUACCGAAAGUGAGUUAUCGCAGCAGAGAUGAAUUCGAAUUAUAUGUGAUAUUUUUGAUUUAUUAUUGGGUUCGAAAAAUAAUCAAAGUGAAAGUUAUAUGCACCGAUGAAUAAAAUAUACGAUACGAUAUUUUAUUCUUGAUAUAUGAUGUAUAUAUACUUAUUCGUUUUUUAAAUUCCAUAUACUUAUUGAAAAAUUGAUUUUUUUAUUUUCUAAAAUGGACGUUUAAAUAUAAACCGAGAUAUAAGAUAUGUGGAAUGUAGAUUAGUAAUGUAGAAAUAAUUUUAACAGAAGUUCGAUUAUAUUUAUUACCGAAUUGGAUUUUUGGAUUUUUAAAUGGUAUGUUGUUUGGAGUGUGGCUCUACGUAACUGUGAAACAUGGAAAAUCUACAGAAGAGAAAAGAAAAACUAGAGGCUUUCGAAAUGUGGUGUUGUUAGAAAAUGCUCAAGAUUCAGUGGAUAGAAAGAAUCUUGGAAAGAGUAACUUAAUAGUUAAUUCGAGUUUCUUAAUAACUCGAAGAAGUAUUGUAUAGAAUUAAGAAAUUACGGGAACUUUGGCCAAGUAUAAAGGUCAGAAGGGACAAAAUUAUUGGCUAUAUACUGCGUCAUAGAAAAGGAUGGUCAUAUUAGAAUAGGAAGACCAAGGAUUGUGUACAUAAAACAAAUCAUAAUACACACGAAUAAGGAUAGUUACAAAGGAGUUAAAGGAAUUGAGUUAUGAAAGGGAAGCAUUUAUGCUUCCCUUUCAUAGGUGAACUGGCCAUGGCAAAAAUAAUGUUUCGUGGUUAUGUUAUAGAUUUUCGAAUACAAUUUCGAUAAUCACUCAGGAGUCGACUUUUUGAAGCAUUAAUUUCGAAUGUCGUAAAAACGUUUUUCUGUGCAUAACUUCUGGCAAAACCUUAGUCGUCGUAGAGCUACUAUAGGAAUGACAUUACCCCCGCAAUCUGCAUGCUCAAUAUAAACAGACGGGUAAUGAAUUAUUAGAAACGCGUCUUAUCGGCUGCCGAUGGUGCAUUUAAUUAUAGUAACUAGUGUUAUCUGGUGUUUGCACGUGCGUACACGAUGCAUUUAUAAUAAUAUAUGUGAAUGCAACAGUAUACAUUUUUUAAACCAUUAAAUCGCUGUCAUUAUUAUAGGUAUAGGUGUAUUUAUUGUAUUGUUUGUUUUGCAAUACAAAAAAAAAACACGCUUUUUCGAUAACCAAUAUUGUUAGUUUAAAAACAUAGCUUUAAAAAAGGUUUUAAAUUUUUGGUUAUACAUAUUUGUGUUGCAAACCAAACGCUUCUUUAUUUUUUUUUACAGUUUUAACAUCGAUUUGGAUGUUAUAUUAUUUUUAUACACUUAAUUUACGAAUUUACACAGAUUUCCAUACAUAUUUAUAUCGAUUACCUAGCUAUUGCAAUUUAAACACGACUCGAGGGGCUAUUUGAAUCGUUGCGUGUUUUACAAAACUACUGAAAGAACUAUAAUGCAUAUAUAUAGAACUGGAUAUAAAUCUAUAGUACAAUUGUCGAAUCUAUAGAACUAAAUAACACUCGUAUGAUAUUACAAUAGAAACAUACAAAAUCAACCCUGUCUCGCGUUGUCUAGUGUAUCCAUUAUACAUAUACGUAUCUAAAAUGAUAAUUAAUUCGAAUUAGUCAAAAUAAAUAUAACCAGGUACAAAUACAACAGGGCAAUGUUGUUUUAAUACAAAUAUGCUAUUCAACAUAACAAUAUAAUAGUAGAAUCGUGUAUGUUUUUUUUUUUUUUAAAAUAAAAUAAAUUAACAAAUGGAGGACCUUGUGUUUUUAUGGAAUUUUUUGUUCUACUAAAUAUCUAUAUAGGUGUUUGUAUUUCGCCUAUAAUAGGCAGUGCGGGAUAAAAAUAUUCUGAUGUGCUAUUGGCAACGUAUAUGACAAAUUUCCACACCACGAUGAUAUUAUGAUAUGUGUGCGGAUGGAUGCGAAAUUCGGUAGGUAUAACUAUAGUUGAUUUGAUGAUGCGCCGCGCCCAAUCGAAUUGACGGAUGUGCGCAUUGAGAUUUAUAACCUUGGGUCAAAAAGGUCACUCUCUCGUCAUAUAUAAUACUACUAUAUUCAUUCAUAAAUAUUAAAACUGACAAAGAUUUAACCGAAUCGCGUAUAAAAUCGAGUCGGGUCAUCAUAAUAUAUUUUUUCGACCCGUGUGUAGACCGUAAAUAAUAUAUUAUAAGUAUAAAUGCAAUUUUUGUACGUUUAGGCUGUUUUAGUGUUGCAUAAUAUGUUUAGUUAUAUGUUUAGUUUUGUUAUACGUCUGAAAAAAAAUAGACUGAUUUGGUUUGGGCAUGUUACGAGGAGAGAGAGAUCAGAAACAGUAAGAUUGGUAAUGAAAAUAAAUAUUGGAGUAGACGAAGGGAAAAACCGAAAAAUGGUGGUUGGAUGCGAUUAAGAAUGAUAUGAGGACACUGAAGGACAGCCAGUGUAUGCGAGGUGGGAGAUCAGGUCAAGUAAGCAUUUAUGACGAAGUGGCUCGAUUCCAAGUAGCUGGGAUGAAGACGAAAGAGGAGGAGAAGAAGAAGAAGAUAGGUAUACACUAUACACAAUGAGUAUUAUAUUCUCUAGACGAUUUUUUUUUUUGAAAAUUGACUAGUAUUACGACAAGCAGAUAUAUUACGAUAUAUUAUAUCGUAGAUACACGAAUUAUGAUUCUAACUUAAUGGCCAACUAUGGCCAGAUCAAAAAGGGUAAGAUAAAAAUACGGCCAAAUAGAAAAUUGGACAUUUUUUCCGUGGUCAUAGUUUUCUCCGUUAGAGGCGAGUAGUUUAGUUAUUUGAAAUUAUAAUUAUUGUAAUUAUAAUUAAUUAUUGCCUAUAUUGUGUUUUAAACAUAAUUUAUAUUAGUAAUAAUAAUAAACAAUAAUACUCGUAGGGUAUAAUGACCAUGGUCAUGGAAAAAUAUCGUAAUUUUUUUUAUCUCCUUUUUUUUGUUUCUGGUCAUUAUUAUCGACUAUCAUUAAAACUAUUUUCAACGUUGUCGAGUGAAUAUUUCUCCGCUCUAUUCAGAAUACUGUAAAUCCUACGUGUAUAUAAUUUUGUAGUAGCAGAGAAUAAUACAAUGUUAAGUUUUCUUGAAGUUGUAAUAAUAUAGGUACAACUUUAUUUUAUAGCUAAAAAAUGACAUUAUAUGCUAGGUGUCCGUUAUUAGAUAUCAAUAUAGGUAUACGCGUAUAGAUUCUGUAACUCGUUGUACAAAAUGGAUAGGGUAUUAAUUUUUUUACAAAUAACGAGAGACUGUAUUUUUUUUUAUUAUUAUCUAGUAUAAUAUUAAUAUCUGUCGUUGAUCUAUUCACACGCAGAGAAAUAUUAUUGGUGUAUAAUAUAUUGGUAUAGACGCUCGUUAAAAAUAUUACGUAUCGCCUCGAAACUUUAUGUAGCGUCUAUUUUUAGACAAUAGAAUUGUAUAACGUGUGUUGGUACAAUAAAAUAAAUCGAAUGUGUGGGCCAUAAGGAUAAUAGUGGUGUAUAUAUAGGUAUUUGUAUGUGUGUGUAUGUAUAAAUAUAUAAAGGUAGGCAGUAUGGUAUGUGAAUAGUGGAUUAUCCUUAAACGCUCGACAUACAUACGUGACUCAUCCAAUGUUAACCAGUUUACUUGUAUAUUUUUAUGAUAAAAAAAAAAAAAAAAAAAAAAAAUAGAAAGUAUAUCUAUAUGUGCUGUAAAAUGUUUUUUUCUUCAGAAGAAAUAUUUAAUUUAAAUAUAUUACUAUAACUAUUAAAUAAGAAUUAUAAUUAGUAAAUUAUUCGGUAAAUUUAAAAUUUAAAAAAAAACACCAUAACCAGAUUUGUAAAGUAUUUGAGUAAAAGUAUUUAAAUAAAAGUAUUAGAAUACUAUCUUGGUAUUCGAAUACGUAUAAUAUGGCGUUAAAUACUUCUACGAAUAUGAUUUUUCAUUGUAUAUAAUAUUUCAAUAUUUGUUUUGUCAAUGUUUAUGUAAAUAAUUGUUAUUUUUAAUAUUUACUACAAGUAAUACGUUUUAUAGUAACUGAAGCCAAUAACGUUUAUUCAUAUAUUAAAUCUUUCAAAUUUCUGUUGAUUCGUAAUAUUUUUAAAAUUUUGGCGUACCCUUAUUAUUUAUAUUAUAAACAAUUCAACUAAAUAUAUAUAGCAAUAAAUCAAUAAAAUCAAUAUUUUAUUGUAUCCUUGCCAAUGAUAGCGAAACGUUUAGUUUUUUAAUCACCUUUAUAGUAGUAGUACGUAAGUGGUUAGAAUUUCGGUCCCCGUAUUAUUAUUAAAUAAAAGAUUACCUGAAUUUGAUUAGACGUUACAAUGGUUUAAUCAUUCGAUUUUUUUUACAGGGUAUUAACACUGAUAAAAGUGAAAACGGUAUUCUUAAGUUUUACAGUUCUUAAAUUAUGGUUUAUUAAAAAAAAAAACAAUGCGAUUGGAGUAUAGUCAAAUUAACAAACAGUAUUAUUAGUGUAAAUUAUUACUUGUUAAGCUGAAAUAACGUGUGUAAGUAUAGUAUACAGGCAAACAUAUUAAGCGAUGUACUUUCCAAAAGUGGAUUUCACACAACCGACAAAACAUUUUUUAAAAAAUGCUUUCAUAUCCAGUUUAUUAUAUAAAUAUACAUCAUCAUUGUAAUCACUAUAACUGCUCGUUUGCUUCGCUCCGCUCCGGAAUCUAUAAAAGCAAUAAACGUGUAUCGGCUCUAUACCUACUAUACAUAUUUUAUAAUAUUCUAUACAUUAUAAUAUAUUAUAUAUUUUUUUUUAUACGGGCUUAGUCGAUACUUACAUUUUAAUAUAUAAUUUUUUAAGUUUAAAAAAGCAACACGAUUCGUAAAAAGUCAUUUUUAGUGAAUUUUUCAAUAAUUUUUUUAAAGUUAAUUAAUAUCCUGGCCCGAUUUAUAAUAUUAUAUGUGAAUCUUUAAUCGAACAGCAUAUCAGUUAAUAUAAAAACUAAAAACUAAAACAUAUCCUGCAAACGUUAUGAUUAUAUUAUACGAGUUACAGACACACUUGUUGUAGAGUAUUUAUUUGUUAAAUAUUUUUAUCGGUUAAAAAUAAUAAAGGCCGUGUAACCCUAAUAUGCAUUUUAUGGAAAAAAGUUAGAUAAUUUUGAUCGAGCAUCCCUUUCUUUCAUUUUAGUGGAAUUUGGUAAUAAUAACUCAACCCCUUCACUUGUCGCAAACGAGUUGACAAAAAACCAAAAAGAGGGUAUAUCAUAUUCGAAUUUAAUUAAAAAACUGAAGCAUUUACGUAAAAAUGUAUCAGACCUUAAAUAUUAGAGAAUGUACAAUUAUUUAUGAAAAAAUGUCUCGACAAAGUAUCUACAAUUUAAAAUAACUUUAUUUUUUCAAUUUUUUUAAUAAAUUAUACAAUGAACGAGAAACGUUGUCAACAAAUUUUUUUUUUUUUGUAAAUAAUUUUAUAUUCUGUGUAAUUAUUGUAUAUCUAAAAUUAAUAAUAAUUACGUCACACUUACUUUAUAGUUUGAUAUGCAUAAAUAUCGUCAGUGAUAUAUAUUUAUUUUUUUUUACUUUUUAAUCAUUUUACUCUUCGUCCGUCGUUUCAAAUGAAAUAUAUAACAAUAAUAAACUAUAGCAUACUAUAAUAUUAUACAAUAAAAACCGAUGUCUCGCUUCUCUUGGGAACCGCCUAAUUAAAAUUUAAAAAAUGUAAUAUUUAAAACGCGACACAGCGAAUAUUGUGUUCGGCGGAACCCUUCAGUUAAAUUAUAAUAAUUCCUCAUUGGUACAUGAUAUUUCUCACGACAUAUAUUAUUACGGCAAUAAUACUAAUUGUAAUAUUUAGAUUCUGCAGAGCUAAUAAAUGAAAAAAUAUGUUAUCUUUGUUAUUAUUAUUAUUAUUGCUAUAUAAUUACUUUGUGCCGUUAAAAACAGCUGUACAUAUGUAUUUACUUAUGCUCUCGAGAAUUGUGAAUACAUGUGAAAAAAAAUAUCUGCAAGAGAGAUCCGAAAUGUUUAAAAGACUAUUGGCCUUAUAUUAUGCAAAAUAAUUAAAACAAACCUUCAAGUUUUAAGUUUUUCUUUGAAAAAUAAUUAUAACGUGUUUAAAUUUUAAGCGUAUUAAAAUUAUAUUACCUAAAUGCAACAAUAUUAUUCAAAUUAAUAUAGUUGUAUAUUUUUUGUAACAGAAGAGAUUCGAAUUUGAAUACUAAAUUUAAAAAAUACACAUGUUAUAUAUGAGGGAAAUGUGCUCUUUUGAAAAAUUCAAAAUAAAAUAUCAAAUAUAAUCUCGUUGUGUAUAAUGAAAAUUAUUUAUAUUAUGCACCACUUUUAACAGUGUUUUUUGACUUUUCUCUACAGAUAUAUCUACACUCCUAUAUAGCUCGAGUUAUCACUUAAAAAAUAUAUCUGAGACUGUUUUCAAGUUUAGAAAUUUUCGCGUGUAUCCUGUAGACUAUUUCUAAAUUUUCCCGAUAUUUCAAGUAUACCUAUUGGAAAUUAUGAAAAACGUAAAUGAAAUUUAAGCAGAUAAUGUGUAAUUUUGAGUUGGAAUACAGUAAUUGUUGUGGUUUGAUAUAAUAAUAUAUAAUAAUAACAUUUUUUAACGUAUCCAGCAGCCGAGGGACUUAUUCUGAACGGAGAGACAAGAGACGAAUAUCCUGUUAUUUUAUUAUUCUGAUUUAUAUUAUAACUUAUCACAUAAUUUAUUAUGUUAAGUAUUGGAAUAUUUAAAUGAUUUUUUUAUAACUAAAAAAGAUCAUAAUGCAUACAGAUAACUUCAACAACAAAUAAAUAAUUUGUCAUGUGCAUUAAGAAUCUAUUAGUAAUAUAAGUUAAAACUUGUAUUAUUUAGUAUUUAAAUGCUAAGAGGAGGCAUCAAUCCCUAGAUUUUUCCCCUUGUAUCUGAUCCUGUAUAUGAAGGUACCUGAAUAAUACUGAUGAGUGAUGAAAUGCCUUGUAAAAAUCAAAACAUUAUUCUUAUGACACCAACAUACAGCAAAAACCGUGUCAAACUGAACACAUAAUUUUUAAUUUCGUUCUUUUUCACUAUAGUUGUUUUUGAAUACCUAAAUUAUAACAAUAUUAUUAUACGACUAUAUACAUUUAUUCGUUUAUGUAUUUCGUAAAUAAUAAUAAUAAUAAUAAUAAUAAUAAUAAUAAAAAUAACAUUAUAAACGUUUAGAUUAUUGGUACUAAAUUGAUUUAUUUACAAAUUAAUCGGAUUAAUAGGAAUAUAACCGAUGUUUAAUUGAUCUAAUUAGUUCACCUAAUGAUUUUAUUUUUUUCCUAAUUCACAUACCUACUUAAUAGCUAUAUUAUAAUAUAAAUACACGUUACGAGUAUCUUGAAAUAGUCGAUUGUAAUAACUAUAAUAAUUGAUUUAUCGUGAGUAACUUGUUUGAGCAAUACAAAACCGCAUUGAUCAAAUCAUUAAUCAAUGACUCUAAACUACAUAGUUAUUAUACAUUUAUAAAUAGACACGAAUACACAUACCGUAUAACAAUAUAUUAUAUUAUAUAUAAUAUAAAAACAAGUAGAAUGUCAUGACUUAUAUUGUACAUAAUAUAUUAAAUUGUCGUUUGAGUAAAUUAUUAUUCCAUAGAUGUCAUUUUUUUUUUUUUAUACACGAUCGGUUCUUUUUAGAAUUUUAAAUUACUAUUUGAGUAUUUUUUAAUAUAUACCUGUGUUCCUUUCCCGUAUUCCACAACAUGUAAUAUUGCACGACGUCGUGUUUUUAUUUACGUUGUAAUAAUUUUCUUUUAAAUUCUCGUUGUAGGGAAGCUGUUAGGUAAAGUUACUUAAAUGAUAAGGUGUGUUUUUCUGAAAAUAAUUUUUUUUAUUGAGUUAAAUUUUCAGAUUUUUUCUCGCAGUACCUUAAAAGAUGUGGAAUUCCUAUCAAGUGGUACUUAACUUGGGAUAUUUUUUGAAAUUCUCAACAUUUCACCCCCUAGAUUUUCUGUUUUGUAUUUUUUCUUCUUAAAUACUUUCAGUUAGUCAAAAUCCUUCAAAUAUUGAUUUCGUACUUCAAAAAUGAUCGAUCAUUUAUCCGGUGGCAGUUUUUUUAAAACAUUUCUCAAGAUAUCUAACGAUUUUCCUAUAAAAGAAAAAAUUAAAACCUUACAACAAAUGACAAUUAUUACAUUCGUUUCAUUUCUGUCGAUUUCUGGGUUACCUUGGCUACAAUGGAAAAACACGACUAAUACUAUAACCAUUAUUCAAUCAUGGCAAUGAUUUAUCGUUGCUUUUAGUACAUGAACUACACUACUCUGUAUAGUAUAUUAUAUCCUUAGCUUCUAGACUUCCCACCUAUAGCAGUGGCUUAUCCGUAGUAGGUAUCAAGUGUGUUUGGCUUUUUUAAAAAUUUAUGUCUGCGAUAUUUUGAUUUAACUAUAUUGUUAUUUUAUUCGCUAAUCAUAUAAGCAAAAUAUAAUUUUUAAAUGUUUUUAUCUAAAAAUACACCAACUUCAUAUAUUUAUGCUCAUCACUGAAAAUUGUUUGACAUUUAUCUGGAGAUAUAUGCACAAUAUAGAUGGUGAUUUGAGUUACUUAGAAAUCCCCAUAUUCGUGUAAAAACCGACAAAACGACGACGUGUUUUGUUGGUUAUCAAACCAGUAGCGUAUUUACACUCCCUAUCUGAAUCUGAGUUCGGCUUAACCCAAAACGUUGGUUUUAGAUGAUUUUCCAAAACAUAACUCAUUAAUUGGUUCAGACCUGAUAUAACUCCAAGAAAGUUUGUUACCGAAGUGUGAAACUUGAACCUAUAUGGUGUUCCAGUUGAUAAAAAAUCAUACCGACGGGGAUUGCAUAUUUUUUUAUUUCACCUGGGCCGAACUCGGAUAGUCUGUAAAUACAUGGUCUGCUGUUUGUUUUAAAAACAUAAUGAUAAUAAUAAUAAUAAUAUAACGUGCUUAAUAUUAUUACUGUGUGAAGGCUGACAUUAUUGACACUAACGGUGGGAGCGGUGCACAGACUGCUUAAAAUGUAGGACACAAUGUCAAAUCUCGCGACAUUAUUAGGCUAACCGCCCAAUAAAAAAAAAUAAAAUAAAAAAUAACGAUAAUAGGAGUAAAUUGGUGCAUAGAUCCAUUGAUUGAUAUUUUUAUUAUAACGAGUAGGUACCUAUCGAAUCAGUUGUACGAAUAAAAAAAUAUACGUAUGUAUAUAUAUAUAUACCUACUAACACUAUACAGCUGAUGCUACAUGAGACAAAAGACUUCUAAACACUGUUAUUAUAUUUUAAUUAGAAAAAGAUAAAAAAAAUAAAAUUAUAAUUAUAAUAUUACGAUGAAAAUUAUACUAGAUAAAUAUUGUAGAUUUUUUUAAUACGUAUGUACAAUUUUACAUAGUGUUGUUCGUUUAAGUUGGAGAAAAUAUAAGUUUAGAAAAAAAAAAAAUAUUUGUACUUUGGUUUAAAGAGGACUUUUUUUUUAGAGCACAAUAUUAUAAGAUUAUUGUUUUGACUACCUAUAUUAUAAUUCAUAAUAUUGUAUAUACAUAUACAGCUAGAAAACAAUGAAUUAGCAAACAUAUGUAAUAGGUAUGUGCUGUAAAACAAUUAUUAUAUUUCAGACACUGACAAAGCUACGGUUUCUUUUGAUUUGUGUGUUUUGUAUUGAACAAAACUCGUGUAUUACAUAAUAUUCUAUACUUGUAUAGAGUGAGUCAGUAAGACUCACGAUGAUAUUAUUAUCGAAAAUUUAUUUCGUUUAUAAUUUAAAAAUCUGUAGUGCGAUGACAAAAAGCUUGAGAAGUCAUUGUAUAUACAAUUUAAAUUUACAAAAAACGAGAAUAAAAUUUACAAAAAAAAUAUAAUAAUAAUUAGUAAAGCUCAUUCUGCGAUGCGCGCUAUGUUCUCGGUUUCUUAACAAUUAACCAUAAUUUAAUGUACAGUUUCUAAAGAAUGCCACCGUUGUAGGUGAGAAGUUGGAAAGGUAAAGGGGGAAUUUAAUAUAUAUUUGUACGUAACGAUUUUGAGCUGAGUUCAGGUAUGUUUUGAAUGGCCGUAAUAUUUACGAUUUGAAUAUAAUACAUUUCGUAAAUUUUCCCAUAUUUCCUACGUUUUUUCCCGAUUUUUUAAAUUUAUUAUUAGAAAAAUAAAAAAGAAUACCUCUUUAUUACCAUAUCAGUCAAAUUUUCUUUCAGAAAAGGUGCUACAAUUGAAAAUUUAAGCAAAUUUCUAAUAGAAAAGUUGUUUACAGAAAAAAAAAAAUUAUAAAAAAUAAACAUCUCUGUAAAAUCUUUAAACCAAAUAUCAACAAUCAUAACUAUACGAACGGACACAACGGGAAUUUAUGGUAUUCUAAAUUUAUAUUUAAAAACCUAAACACGUAUCAUCUAUAGACAUAGUCAUUCAUUAGGGGAAGUAGCAUGAAGGAGAAAUGUCCCUUCUGAAAUCGUAUAUUAAAACCAGAAAAAAUUGCUUUUAUUUAUGGGGCUUUGACGCAUAACUUGGAUGAUUAUCGGUUCACCUUUUCGUUAUGGAACUAUCAUCACUCUAUAGCAUAUUCUAGCCUUUUAAGUUAAUUAACUACAACAUUUUAGCGUUUAAGUGAUCCCGUAAACCUGAAUCUAUACUACUUAUCUUAACUAACAGACAAUAUUAACGAAAUUGCAUUAUUUAAGACACUAACAUUGAGGUGUUUAAAUUGAAAACGUUGUUUAAACUCAAAUGACAACAUUUAAAAAAAAAUUGAAUAUUUUGGUAGGGUAUCCAAAUAAGUUUUUUUCUAAAAUAAUAUUGUCGUACAACAGUUCGAGCCGCAUGUUAGAAUUUCGAGUGGUUUUUUAAUUUUUAAUAUAGCUGUAACGUUUUUGUGUGUCAAUUUUCGUCUGGAAAAAAGGUAUACGUACAGUUUUCGAAAAUUUGUUCGUCUUUAAAUUUUGUUAUGUUGUUAAAUUACAAUAUUAUAUUCGUUUUGUUGCCCGUUGGUUAGACCGAGACCGUAUAAAUGCGGGCGUGGCGUCUUCUUAAUAAAUAUUAUUAAAUAAACGAUUGUUUUUUUUUAACACGUAGGUAGCUUAAUCUGUUUGUUUUUCGUUUAUGUCGGAAUUAUAUUAUUACUAUUUAAAACAAAUAUUAUAUAGGUACAUACUCUAAACGCAUCACUUUCACCUUUGGCAUAUUUUAUGCGCAAUAUAAUUUUUACAACUAUUGUCUACUUAGAAACUAAGCAUAUGUUAUACGCUAGACACUUAAUGCCCAUAUACUAUUAUACGACAUAUAAUAGUUAUAUAUGUGUAUGUUUAUUGUUAUUCUAUUAAUAUUAAAAUUUCAAUUUUAUCCUUUCUAUCUGCGAUACCAUGCUACUGUUAUGUAUUUCGAUUUUUUGCUUUUUUUUUAUUAUUAUUUAAUUAUAUUUAGAAUAUGAAGAAAUAGUAAUAGUAAUUUAUAUAUUUAUUACAAAUAAUAUAGGUAAACUAUUUUAAAUCAUGGCUAUUAACAUAGAUAAUCGAAUUACUAAAACUCUUAAUAAUUAUUACGUUUCUUUAAUCACGUAACCAUUUUGAAAUCUGGUAGGUACACUUUUACUACUUUUUGCAGUUGUGUGCUUUUUUUUUAUUUAGAUGAAAACAAUUGCUAAUUAUUUAUCUUUAUCUAGAUAUUUAAAAUGUAAUCUUCAUACAACACUACGCUUACUUAUUUCAUUAUACCAAUCAUCCAUUUAUAACGACGGUGUUGCACGUUUAGGUGUUUACCGGCGUGUAUAGAUGUAUAAAUAUAGGUGUUUAUAAAAAUGGAUCUAAGGGAAAUCAAAUUUCAAUAUCUACUACAAUAUAUGCCGUACGUAUAUAACGUGUAUAAUAUGGAACAUUUGUGUGCGCGCGUGCUGCGAGUUGUAUGGCCAGCUGUUUUUUAUCGUUAGGAAGUGGUUGGCGACUCAACGGCGCUGCAGCGGGGUCAAUGGACGCCACCCCUAAUACAUACGUACAUCAAGUUCUUAAACAUUUGAUGACAAUAAUAUAUAUAUUUUUUUAGAUUUGGAGCGUAUUUAUUAUUAACGUUUAUGACCGCAGUUCGAAUAGCACUAAAAAUCUUGAUAAAAAACAACUAAAAUCCAAAACAAAACAAAAAAAACAUUAAAAAAAUGCAAUUCUAAAGCUUAAAAAAAAACAUUUCAAUAAAAUAAAACACAAUAUUAUUGAUUUUUAAUUUUUUGUUUCCUAUAUUUUUACACAAAUAAAAAAAAAAAAAAAAUUAGUUAUAAAAUUGAAAACAUUUCUAUAGUUAUAACGAGGCACUGUUAUUAUUAUUAUUAUUAUUAUUAUUAUUAUUGGUUUUUACAGAAAAUGCUACAGUUCAUGUAAAGUGUAUAAUAUAUUAUUGAUUUAAAUAAAAAAAUAAAAAUUUCUUAUUGUCUAUGAGCCAUGUGGUAAGCCAUAAUAAUAAAUACAAUUUGGUUGUCAUGUGAAUGCGACAAAUAUUUGUAUUCGGAUUGAAAUGCGUUUUAUACUCGGUUUUAUAUCUAGUUUUGUAUAUUAUCUCUAAAUAUAGUAAAUAAAUAUAUAAAUACAAAAUUUAUGUAUACAAAUUGUUUAUUUAUAUAUUUAUUUACAAGUACUAAACAUUUUAAUAAUUUUGUUUUUACUUUAUUAUUUUAUUAUAUAUUAUCUCUAUUGUUAGAUGAUAAUAUUUUUAAAUUUAUACUUUUAUUGAUUUUACUGUUUGUUUGUUUGUUGUAUAGAAGGUUAAAUUGACUGACUAUCUAUAUGAGUUUAAAGACAUUUUCUCGUAUAUGCCGUCGACGUUGUGAUUGCUAUUUGGUAUAAAAUCAACACUGUAAAACAGAUUUUUUUUAUCGGUAUAACAACUGCACAUAGUAUUAUAUGUAGUGAACAUCUUAUUGUUAAUUUUUUUUUUUUUACUUUAGAAACGUUUAAAACUCUGAAAACUCGACAUAACGUGGCGUAACCUAUUAUAUUCCAGCGAAUGCACUAUAUGUUUAGGUAUAUAUUGUUUUGUGAACAUUAUGAAAAAAAAAAUUAUAUGUUUACCCAACACGUUCGAUUCGAUGAAUGUAAAUUUUUAAUAUACAAAGGAGGUUGCGAUUGUGAAUGAAUACCGUAUAUAAUAUGACGGUAUAUUUAUUUUAGUUUUGUGUAUCUAGUAAACUGCAGUUAAAACGGGAUAUGAAAUACUGGAUCAGACGUUCGAAAAUUGAUAUUUAUUAUUUUCGAUUCGUUGUCCGUGAACGACGGAGUAAAAUAAAAAAAAAAACGGCACGUUGUGGUGUAUAGGAAUAUAAUUUAUUUAAACUUUUUUUUUUUUAUUCUCGUUGUAUUUCAUAUAUUAUUAUUGUCUAUAAGAAUUUUUUUUUCAUUCUAUUAAGAUACCUCAAAUGGCUCAAAUAUAUUCAUAUCCGUUCUUGAUGGUCGACCUUAUUUUUAUUAAAUAUCAUAUCUAAGUAUAAUAUAAAGCUGGUAAUUGUUUUUCAAUGAACAGGAAUUUCACCUAUGUAAUUAUUUACGCGGCGACGAGGCCGUCAAAAUACAACCUCAUACUUCAGUAAAUAUAAUAUCAAUGAUAAUAGUUUAAGGUCGUAAAGUUCUUUGUAACAAGUUUCGUUUUCAAACAAUCCGCGUUUACUACACAAUUUACUUAUAAUAGUGUAUAACCCAAUGGUUCUCAACGUGGGUGAUAUCGCUCCAGGAGAUUGGUGGAUGGUUAUUGUGGAGGCGACGGAGGGGGCCUUGAAUAUAUUUUGGAUGGUAGGGAAACGACGAGCAUGUUUUUACAUAAAAGGCGUUUACGCUUCAUUCACGGAACGAAACUAAGUUCAUUUUUGGACAUUCGUUCAAUUUUUUAUUUAUUUUUUUUUUUUUUUAAAGAAUGGUUUUAAAGUAUAUUUACCAUAUAUAUUUUUUAAAAAUUCAAAAUUCAUUAAUACCCUCCUCUUUCCGAUGGCCUUAUUAAUUUCAUGAUUCCCAUAUUAGUGGGGAGGAGCGUUGCAAAAAUCGUUGAGAAACACUUAGCGUAUACGUAUUGCAGUGAUGUCAAUGUAGACAAAUUUAAACCCUUAAAUUUAUAGCCACGGUGAAAUUGCACCGAAAGAUGCGAAAGGUGAAUGAUAAAUAUUUCUUUUAUGUACUCCUUUGAGUGUUAUAUUACUAUAUAUUUGUAUAUCAUACGAAUUUAAGGUUACCAAACUUCCUAGUUUCUACAUACAUACAGAUGAGUGUCCUCCGGAGAUAUGACAAAUACAAUGCGCUUUUACUGUUCAAUAUUUUUAAGUUUUUUUUUCUAAUAAUUAUUUUAGAGUCAUACGAAAAAAAAACAAAUUUUGGAAAAAGUUAAUACUUUCCGAGAUAAUGAGUGUACCCACUUAAAUGAUAUAAGAUAUCUAUGAGCUACGACCAAGCCGGCUGGAUAUCUAUACUUAAUAGAAAAAUAUUCUAAUAUAAUAUAUUAAAAAAAUAGUUUUAAAACCAAAUAAAAAUAAAAAUGCGGUGAUGAUUAAACGUAGCCAGACUGAUUCGUGAAAGUUUUAAAUAGCUGUAUACCGUAUUGACGGGCACACACGAACAAUGCAUGUUAGUCCUCCGCCUAUUUUAUUAAUAGGGUUUUAAAUGAUUUCUGAGGUUUUUUUUUUUUAAUGUAAUAAAAAAAAUAUCAUUUAUUAACAAUAUUAUCCUAUUAGUACCCACUUAUACAUUCCUAUAGAAACUAAAUACUUUCGAAUACACUUACAAAAACAUUAUUCAAUAUAACGAUGAACUCAAUAAUGAUAUCACAACCAAUCUUUACCCAGAGACGUAUUUCAAUGUUUAGCAACCUGGGGCACUGUUAUUUUAGAGCCAUAUCAUAAAAAACACGCUGAAAUUUCAAAUUGCACACUUUACAUUUUGUACAGUACACUUUGGACACUAAACACUUAACAUUAGUUAAGACCCUGAGAAUCCUAAGGGAAUGUAAACUGUGAGUUGAAAUUUAUAUUUUAAAAAAAAAAAUUCUAUUUGACUAUGUCCUUAAAGAUUAUGACUCCUUCUUAAAAUGUGACGCCUGGGGCCAAUUCUCGUCCCCCUGUAUCUCCUUAAAUACGACCCUGUUCGCAUCAUCUAUAGGUUACAGUUACAUCUACGAAAAACACGAGUUAAUAAAAUAUUUCUAAUUUACAAUACUUAAUAUGUAAGUUUUUUAUUUUGUUUCUAACUUUGAAGAGUAGUUUUCAAAAGUAUGUAUACUCUAAAAAAAAACAAAUGUAGAGUACGUGGUUUAUAUUAGGUACCUACGCUUUUGAAUUUAUUUCCUCGCGUGUUAUUAAUAAUCGAAUAUUUUAGUCACAAAAAUAAUAAGCAUUUAAAAUACGAGAGAAGUUUAGUGUUAAACGUUGGAAAUUAAAAUUAAAUAUGUAAUCGAAAAUGAUUGGUAAUUAUAAUUAUUGAUAAAUAAAUUCAAUUUAGUUACGUGAAUAUUGGUUCCCAAAAUAAAUGAUUUCUUUUGCCAUUAUCGCAUGCAGUAUAAACGGUUCAAAAAAAAACCUAUACGAUUCGAGAAAAAAUAAAUGUAUCCAUUGGAUAUAGGUAAUAUGUAUAUGGAUCAUUUUCGACAUUUCCAAUCGUUUUAAUUUUCAAACGUGUAAAAUGCAGGCGGUUUUUUUUCUACACGUCAUAUUUCCUCAAUAUAUAUAAUAUAAAUUCAUUAAACAUUUUUCGUUAAUGACUUACGUAUCAUCUAUGCAUAGUAAUAUAUAGUUCCAACGGAUUAUAAUAAUAAGAAACGCUCGACCGAGUUCGCCUAAUUUGAUUAACCGUGUAAAGUAUUUGCGUGUAUACCUAUGUAUAAUUUUUUUUUCAAAAUAGCUAUUCAUUUUUGUUUUUUUUUUUAAAUAACUGUGCAUAAUAUCGAGAAAUGUUUAAAAUAUAGAACUUUUAUCGCCUCUACCGCCGUUCUGAUAUUAUAAUUAAUAUAAUAUUGUGUUAAAUAAUAAUAAUAUAAUGCUGCAGUCUGUUAUAUAGUUAAAAGGUUAGGAUAGGAUGGCACUGGCAAUGGCGCAUUAUUGAUAACGAAAUAUUGAUCAACGUGAUACGAGUAUUAUUAAAACGAUAUUGCGUAGGAUUUGAAUAAAAUGUUGGUAAAUCGUAUUCGAAUUAAAUAUAAUUUUAUAUUGAUAUGGCAAUACCGUAUAUUUCGUGAAAUUUUACAAUUAUAUACUAACUACACGAAACGAACGUUACUGAGUAGUGGUUGUCUUCGGCCGUUACCUAUUCAAAUAUUGUAAAUCAUACGGGUAUGACUAUAUUAUUUAUACAAUAUAUGGAAAUAAUUAAUUAUCGGGAAUUUAUUUACAAUAUUAUCACAUGGUCGCCACGGUACGAAAAAAUAUUGACAAUUAUUAUUAUACACUUCUUUUCUUUUUCGUGUCGGUUAGCAAAGCCAUAUUUCUUUUUGAAGCCUCUGGUCUAGUUCAUGUAUCAGUUCGAUAAUCUCGUCAUUUGGUUCCCUGAAUAUAUCGCUUCUCCUGCAUCAUGCACUAUUAAAUGUCAAAAUAAAUUAUCAAUUCUAGAAUGUUAUAAUUUUAAAACCAACAUCGUUUUCUAUUUGUUUCAUUUUUUUUUUUUUUUUAAUUAAUUAAAAAUUACAUUUAUUUUAUAUCAGUUAUAAGAUAUGCUUGUUGUCAGUGGUAUAUUUAGAAUUUUUCCUAGGAGGUAUAUAUAUUGAAUUUGGAAAUUGUAUCACAAUGAAAGUUCUUGUACCUUACUAAAAAAAAAUCCAUUUUUAAUUAAUGUAUUUGUGUAAAUAAUUUAUUUUUCAUUCUGCCUUAACAUUAUCACAGAAUUCCAAAUAAUUGGUAUAUCCUGGGAAACAACCGUUUUUAAUUUAUUUACUAUUCAAGUUAUAGAAUAAUAUCCUUCAUAUAAUAGCGAUUCGGGCAUAGGUUUCGUUUUAAACGAGACUACAUCUCCCUAAUCUCCCCCCCCCCCUCCGCCCAGUAAAUACGUUACUGUCAAAAACAAUAUUUUUAUUAAUUUGUCUCGUUGUUUUAAUACUAAAAAUUUAAUUUGUUCUUAAUCAGUUAUCAGGCAGGUACUUUUUGUUACGUUUUAAUAAUACUGUUGUACAAUAAACAAAAUAUGCCAUAUGCCUACGCGUAUAUCUAACUGUAGUAUGGAAUCGAAUUUUCUCCACCAUCUAUCGUUCGGUAAGAACAAUAAAAUGUUUUGUACACACACGUGUGAGAGUUCGUAUUAUUAUUAUUAUUAUUAUUAUUAUUAUUAUUAUAAGCGUGUCCACCUAAUUUCGGAUAAUUUGUUCGUGACAUUUUAUACUGUUCGGUUCGCACUGCAGCGUCACAAUAAUAUACAGUAAUAUAUUAUUCAUAAUACAUAAUAUUACACUGUGUUAAUCUAAAUUAUUUUGCUACGCACCAACAUUAUAACAGUUAUAACGUGCGUCUUGUCGAAAAGUAUAAAAUAACACACACACACACACACACACACACUACACAGUAAUAUAAAGUAUAUAGGUGGUAUCUAUUUUCUCACACGUUUUAAAAAAUAUUGUGUUCAGGUGAAUUUAUAAUAAUACUGCUGUAUCAACAAUAUAUAUUUAUAUAUAUAUAUAUAUAUAUAUAUAUAUUACAAUGUUCUCGUUUCUGAUUGUCGUGUUAUAUGUGUACCUAUAUUCUAUCAAAUACGACAGGCUAACAAAAAAAAAAAAAAAAAUAACAAAAUAAAAUAAUCGAACGGUUUUUCAAUCGGGCGAUUUUUUUUUUUUUUUUCACUUUUUCCAAAGUUGCUGCAGCGAUGUUUAAUGUCUGCACCGAACUAUUACAACUAUUUCCUCGUCACUACACACAUUUCCCACCCACCGCCGCCCCCUAUGCAUUACGUUUAACGAACAUUCUUCAAACGGUUAUUAUAAAUUGUUUUUCCGUGUACGUUUGCUGUUUUACGAUUGUUAAAAAGUCGAGACGCUUUACACAAUGAGUGUUUCUUUCUGGGAAUUCCCCGUUACAGUGUAUGUUAUAGUUUCUAAACGCGAACCGUACGGAACAAAACAGGUUUUGUUUGUUAUCCGUGCGGUUUGCGUUAGACUUUUUUUUUUUCAUUAUUUCAAUCUAGUGCAUUGCCGCUGGUAUAGGUUCGUUGCUUCGUUGUCGCGAUCAUUUUCUGUGGAAUUGAGAAUCUGCCAACAGUUUGCCGCGCAUGAGUUGUCGUCCAUACAUUACCUAUAACUAGUAAGAGAGAAAAAAAAUCAUACUUCACGAAUAAUAAUUUCGUAAACCGCUACAAUAUUAUAGUUAUAUAACUGUUAGAUCUGUGAAUUGUGUCAAAAACCGCAAAUUAAAUAUCCACGGUUUUUUUUUUUUUUUUUUGUGCACUAAAAACGGACAAAAUAUGCUUUUGAAGUUCUUAAAAUACGUCAAAAACCGUGCACCGAUCUUUCAAAAGUCUGCAAAAAAUCGAAAAAAACGUUAAUAAUUAUUUAUUCAGUGUAAUAAAAUGUUUUUUGCCACGAAUGCAUAAUUACAAUAUUGCUCGACUUGAGUAGCAUUCAAUAAAAUUAGAUAACAACCAGUUAAAUUAACUAAACGAACAUUUUUCGUCACGCGAAAGUAUACCCAAGUACGGAAUGACAGUAACAUUUUCAUCGGAACUCUAAAAGUCAUAUUUCCAAUACAAAUACUUAUAUGCCAGUUUAACUGUAGACUAGACUGACCAGAAUAUUAGGAAAUACAACGCACAAAAUGCACGGAAUCGCGUAUUUAUAAUAUUUUCCAACCCGUUAUUUAUGCAAACUUAUUAUGCUAAAUACAGUGUAUAUAAUGUACUUAAAUAACACAAAACCAAUUUUAAUCGAAUCAAUUUUUGUAUACGAAUAAGCGGGAAAUCUGUAAAUUGAAUACAUUAAAUUCACAGCUAUUAUAUUAUAAUGAAUUCAAUUUGAAAUGAAUACGUUAAGAUCGUCACAAUGUAUGUUUCACGAUUAUCGUAUAAUAUUUUAAUUAUUUAUAUAUUUGAAUGUUUAUUUCGUUUCAAAUUUGUAUAACAUUUCAUUAUUUUGUCACCCUGCGCUCUGUAUAUAAGUAUUCUACUAGCCAUCAUAGUUGUGCGUAUAGCCACGUAAAUGUAGACAUAAACUAACAAACUAUUAUUGUGUACGAAUACAAAAAUUAAAAUUGCGUUCGAACUUUUUCAACCGUUUGAUCGUUAUCUGGGUUUUUGAUGUUAAUAUAUAGGCAGGUAUAACUCGUAUAACCAGAAAUUAUCCGAUAAUACGAGUACAUAAAAAAAAACCUUACUGGCGUGUAUACAUCAAUAUACAAUUUUAAAUUCGAGUUUCAAAUAUAAAUACAAAUACAUUAAUAUGCUGUAAAAAAUAUUAAAGAUAAUAACUAAAGCGGUUGAAAUUGACUCUGCUAUACUUCUUCCCUUUAAAUGGGCACCGGACAUUAUAGAUUAGUGGACAAUUCGUAUAAUUAAAGCGGUCGUUAAAAGAGAUAAAAGAUAAUUUUAAAAAUUUCACAGAAUCAGAGAAAAUUCGGAAUCCCAUUAAAAAUCAAAAAAAAAAAAAUGCAAAAUGUAAAUUAUAUUAGUGUAAUUAAAAAUACACGAACCGAUUUUUUUACAAUAUAUCUCCGUGCAUCGAGCUUUGGAAAACAAUUAUGCAAAGUGCACUGAAAUCCCAUCGUACCCUAAUUAUUACAUUUAUACACAUCUAUGCGAUAUUUUAUGGAAAUAUUUUCUAAAUCAAAGAAAACAACAGACUUCCAACCAUCAACGUGCACUUUACGUAUAAUAUUAAUAGUCCACGAUGAAGGAAAAUAAAAAUUACAUCGCGCGUGUUUUAAACGCGUAAUACGUUUAUAAUGCUCGUAUGUAUAUAGGUAUACUCUUAAUUACCAUAAUAUUAUAACGAAUAUAUUAUUUUACCGUCAUUAUAGAUUUAUAGUGUAUUUGUGUAUUAGAUAAUUAUAUGAAACCGUAAAUGCGUACCUAUCUACAAUUUAUAAUAAUAUUGUAUGUUAUAACCGCGGCUUACGCAUCAAGAGGUGGGUGGAAAAAAAAAACUCGCUAAAAGAAUUCGUUAUUGGCAUUUGUAACACGAUCAUUGGCCACAAAUAUUAUAUUGUUUUCGAUAAAAUAAAUAAAAUACUAUUAUCGUUAUUAUAUUAUACUAUCAUAUUAUUAUUAUUAUUAUUAUUGUUAUUAUUAUCAUUAUUAUUAUAUCUCGUGAAAUUCUCUUUUGUCAAUGAUAUGUUAUAAUAAUACAAAUAACUACCUACCUUUAUUAUUAUUAUUAUGGAGGUGUGCGCGUUCAGAUAUAUUAUUAUAGCGUUAUAUAAAGUAAUAUCGCACGAUAAUAAUAUUGUCUGUAGUAUUGUAAGUAUUGUUAUUUUUCGGAUGCGUUUAUAAUUUGUUUUUUUCCCCCUAUAAAAUUAUACACUGUGUAUAUCAUGUGUUGACUAUCCGGGCAAGGCUGUAAAGCGAAAUUACCGUAUGGUGUGAUAAGAAGUCACUGUAAUUUGUUCACCUAUAUGUUCAGUUAAAUGGCCAGAAGAGGUUCUUUUAACAUCCUUCCCCCAUCGCUUUUCUUUUAGCUACCUAUGGGUAAGUCGUAGACCUCUAAACCCCCCGAAACCAUCCAUCAUUGAUAAAUCCUGGCUACGCUACUGAUUAUGUUUGAUAUUGUUCUUUUCCAUUCGUAUAUAUUUUGAAAGUACUCGUACGUACACGUUUACAACGAAAUCUGUCGAAUUUACGGCAUGUUUGCUAAGAAUGAAAUAUAUUAAAAUAGCUGAUAUAGAGCAUGUUUCGAUAUAAAAACGUCGUAUUUCGCAUUUUGUGUUACUACCUUGUGUCUUAGAGCGGCAGUGCAGCUGUUGUAAUAAUAAUAACUAUAACUUCGUUUAUUACUUAUAUAGGCUAGUGUAGGAUUUAUUUUUUCACGUUUUAGCGGUACCCAUACCCAUAGAAACGUUGAAGAAACGCACGUAUAUAGUCUCGUUUUUGCGGCGCACAUUCAAUUAUUAUACGCGUUACAGAGCUCUCUUAUCUGUCCAUUACACGGGUUGUCGCGCGUUGUUAGUUACGUGACGUUUCGAAAGUACAAGGCGACGACGGUGGCAAAAAUCACAAUAAAUCUCGCGCCGGGGUCUCGGUGCCGACACCCAUACGACACCGACUGUAUAAUAAUAAUAAUAAUGAUAAUAAUAAAAACCGCUGCAGAACCGUUUCCAUUAAUAAUAUUGGUAUUUGGUUCUCUACCUAUACACUUAUUAUUAUCGCUGUACUUGUCCGGACAAAAUAUUUCGACCUGCACACAAUUCCGGAAAAUCUAUAAUAAAUCGUGACUAUUAUUCCUGCCAAUCGCGUGUGAAAUAAUCAAAAGUUUGGUAUUUGUUCUGUUCAAUAAUGUAUAAUAUUGUUAAACAACACUAUACAGUGACGAUACUCCCCGGCUUUAAAAACAAAAAGCUCCGAGAAGUCGAAGACAAUACUUCUAAGAUUUUCUUGAAAAUCCGUUGACUUUGGCGCCACUGAAUACAUGUGCUGUCUAGUCACAACUGCGUCGGCCUAUACUAGUUUUAUGUACACAUAAUUAUAUGUUUCAACGCUUAAUCAUCUUCAAUUUUACGCCGACUUGAGUGGAUUUUAAAGAAAUUAUUUAAAAUAUUGUCUUCGAAUUUUUUUGUGUUUUUUUUUUUUUUAUUUGUAUUUUUUGGUAUAAAGGUUUUACCUGGGUUUAAUUUUUAUUUUUUUAUAGUUUUAUUUUGGGAUUCCUAGUUAUUGCACACUUGUUCUUAUGUAUUUAUUAAAAACAUACAAUAAACAACUGAAUUCAAAUGUUUGUUUUGCACUAAAGUAUAAAACAACAAAACAUUUCCUUUUAGUUUUAAAAUACAAGCCGAUGCGUCUUUUUUUCUGCAAACUUAUUUACAUAGUCAUGGAUAUUGAUUUUUUUUUUUAAUUAAUUAAACAUUUUUCAAUUAUAAUUAUUUAAAAUAAUUUAAUAACGAGUAAUUUUAUUCAUGAAAAUAUUAAACAUCUCGUCACGACUGUUGAAAAGCCGCAAAAAAUGAAUGCUUGUCUCGAAAAUAACAGCAUGUAUGGCAUUGAAUGUUAAAUGACUGGAUGAUAUGCACAGCCUGUCUUAAUAAACGUGAUAACUUUUAUUGAAUUCGUAAUAUUAUCAUAAAAUAAUUGAUUUUUUUCAAGUGGUAAGGGGUAGAAGUCCCUUUUAAUUACGCUACUGACCCCCCUCCCAUCAAUGGUGAAUUUGUUUCGUCUCCUUGUGGAGGAAGCAAUAUAUUUUCGAUCUGAAUGGCAAAUACUCGUCAUAAUUCAUAAUUAUUCGCUAUUAACUCGCUCAUUAUAGAUGACGUCAUCGAAAUGUGUGUUAUUUAGGUCGAAAUAAAAUAAUAUUGACAACUUCAUAGAAUACUAAUAUGAACAAUAAUAAAUGUAAUGGGACGACGAUGAAUCAUUAGAUCCGCGGCUUUUAAAUUCCCAUAAUAUAGUGGACUCGCCGGCGUCUGAGAAGAAAAUUCCACGCGAUUCAUUCAUGGUUAGUAUAUUUUGUUGCGUACGGCGGCCCAUCCUCCCGUCGAAAAUUCUUGGUGCACGCCACUGUUCGUCCAAUAAGGUAUACCCCGAAUGGACUUUGGAACUCUAUACGUUAGUGUUGAAUAGACAGCGACAACGAUGACGUGUUAGACGGCAUCUAUCUGGACGACCGGAGUUAUUUAAUCCCGCGCCGCGCCGCGCCACUCGUCGCUCCGUUGCCGUCUGCGUCCUCGCGCCAAUUGUUACGCGUCGUCUACUGCUCGGCGUCGGCGGCGCGUGUUUUGCGUGCGCGGUGCCACUGUGUGUGCGUGUGCGUGUGCGUGUGUAUGGCAGCCAAAACCGUUACGACUCGUAAAACCGUCGCCGCCGCUCGCCACUCCCGUCUACGUCCGCGCAGACCCCUCGGUCGCCGGUACCCAUUCACCGCGUGUACACAUUCGAUAAAUAGUCCCGGACGCGCGUGUGUGUUUAGGACCCGAAGGGGGUCGAGAGCGCUGCCAGACGAAAAAUCACCGCGAAUAAAACACGUACCCGGGGCGCCUGUCGUCUGGUCUCCGCCGCCGCCACUGCCGUCCGGUCGAUAAUUUCGCGAUUUCGUAUUAGGUGUAGCGCGCCCCCUACCCCCCCCCCCAUUUGCGAAUUACAAACGCGCUGCGUUAUUUUAUUGUUGUGCAACCGCGAGAGCUUGUCCUAGGUCGGAGUCUCGUGUCUGGCGGCGGCGGUGCAGUAGAACGACGACGCGCCGCAGGUUUAUUUUCCGCCGGUCGUGUCCCGAGACCGGAGUGGGUUUUUUUUUCGCUUUUACGACAUUGACCUCCGUCGCCGCACGAGAGAAAGUACUAUGCGCGAACAUCGCGUGACCGUCCUGCAAAUUCGCGCUCGUCUCGUGUCGUAUUCGAUUAUUGUAAUAGUCGUGUUAUAAUGUUAUACACCUAGCCAGUACUAAGUAUUAUAAUAAGUAUUUACGUGUGUGUGUGUGUGUGUGUGUGUGUGUGUGUGUGUAUGUGUGUGUGUAAAGGGAAUUUAACUCGAAACGAUACCGGAAACGACCGCAUGACGGUGUCACAAUCGAUUGUUUUUUUUAAAAAAACGCGGGAGUGGCACGUUAUUUGUGUUCCGAUCCCUUACGCCGAAUAUAUUUAUAUUGUACUUAAUCGAUGGUACGGUGAGAAAGUUAUUACGGGGUAGUCGCCUUUGGCUACGUGCGCGCGUGUUGGUAGUUUAGGUUAGGUUAGGUGUUUACCGAUAGAUAAUUUUACUGGAUUUUGCUUAGUAAAAACUAUAUGCAAUGUAUCAGACACACGAGAUACAUGGGUAAAAUAAUGGGUUUUACAAUUUUUUGCUAAUGUUUCAUGCAACUUGUUCUAUUGUUGUGACACACAAUGUAAUUGCCACGAUUAAGUAAAUACUAUUGUGUUAAGAAAUUACCCAGUAAGCUCUGUAUGCGCUCACAUUUUUGUUUUUAAUUUUCCGCCUAGCUAUGCUUCAAAAGUGCGUUAAUGUCUACUGAAUAAUUUUAUCGCCCCACCACUGUACUAAAUAUAUUAUUAUGCAUUUUAUAAUUUGCUUAACAAAAUAUAACGUGUUUCGUGUGCGUCUCGCAAGGUUCUCCGCAAUUCCGUAUCAGUAUACAAUUCGAAGGCUAAACGUCGUAUUGCCACUAUUCCCUGAAAUCGCUUUAAAAAUCAGGGUGUAUCCCAACACUGUAUAGACGAGAAUACGUCUAUACGGAGUAAAUUGUAACGUGCUCCAAAAUGUCGACGAUUGCCUAUAUUUAGCCCGUUGUACUUCAUUGUCCCUAUCAGCUGUUUAAUAACAUCCGUCUCGGGCACUUAUAACUUUUUAUUUUUGUAAAUUGUUAUUAUAUCGUUGGUCUCCAUGGAAGAAGGACUUAGUAAAUUUUCGGAAUUUUCUCUUAUGCAAUAUAUUCCCUUUAUAUUUUGGUCUAAAUGGUGUAAGUGUAUGGAUACAUGUUAACUCGGAUAAAAAUACCUUCGUCUCUAUUAUUUACUUUUUGUUUGGCAUAAAGGCGUAAUUCAUUAUAGUGAUAUGAUAUAUGAUAUAGGAUAUUUAAAACGUCAUAUUGAAGUUAGAUCAUUUGGCAAUUUUGCCAAUAUGUCAUUUAAUAGUUUUCAAAAUUUAAAUUUUCUACAAAAACUCACAAAAUUGACUUAAGCCCAUCUCCCUGAAGUCAAAUAUAUUAUUAUUCAUUAUUAUAACUCUAAUGUUUCUACCUAUAUAUACCUUUAUAUUUUAAUUUUUAAAUUAAACGCCAACUUCAAUGUUUUAUUUUAGUAAAUUCUCUUACUACUAUUAACUGUUCUAUUAUUUCAUAUUUUAUCUUGAAUUUAUUUUUAUUGAUACUUCAACUUCUUCGAUAAGAGGUUUUCUUCGGUUGUGAAUUGGGUCAUAAAACGUUUUUUUCUUUUGUUUCUUUACUUGUACAAUCUAUUGUAAUAAAAUGUAAUAUUUAAUCGGGAAAUUAAAUUAUCAUCAAUUAUUAAUUGUCAACUAUUACUGUAAAUUCAAACAUUGUUUUUUUCUAGAAGUACUUACUGUCUAUAAUUUGUACCUAAUUAAAUAUUGUUUAUUUCACAAAACAACAAAUUGAAAAAAAAAAUGUUGAGAAUAAACAUCUUUGUAACAGAAUUUAAAUGAGACUAAAAGAGUAAAAAGUCUAUGGUCUUCUAACAGUGUAAAUUAAUCUAUUAAUUUAAUACUUUUGAUUCCGUUUGCUUAUAAUUGCUAUCAGUUUUACUAUCAUAAAAACUGAACUCAUUCUAUUGGCAAACUGGUUAUGAAAUGGAAUGCUACAGUGUCCCGCACUGAGUUAUAGUAUUGGAUGGUACGUUUUCAUCAUAUUAUGUUUGUUUUGUAUUUUAAUUUAUAUGGUUUUGACAAAUCUUAAAGUAUUUUAUGUAAAUGUAAUUUUAUGAACAACUGUACAUUUUAUCCAUAUUUUAUAGUGGAUAUUUUUUCGGGUGGGGGGGGUGAACCAGUCAUCUCUGAAAUAAACACUGCCUUUAGGUAUGGCGAUAAUACCAAAAUAAAUUAGGUUAAUUUAGAUAGCUUUGAAGUUAUACCUAUUUAUUAUAAAUAAAUUAUUAUGUACAUUGAUUAUAUGAUGGUAUUUUUAGUAGUUUUCGAUAUAAUUAUAAUAUUUUAUUCUAAAAAUCACCGCGAAAAAAGUUAAAGUUAAAAUCUGGUAGUAUUUCCACGUGAGCAUGUUCGUAAGUUGUUAACAUUGACCUUUUAUUAAUUCCUGUAAAAAUAAAUCAAUCGCCCAAGAACACUGCAAGUCAUUAUUCGUCUUAAUCAAAGAGCUAAUAAUCUCAAACAAUUUCUAUUGUCCAAUAUUUUUACGUCUGAGGUAAAGAUUUUUUUUAUAUUUAUCUUAUACAUAAUAUAAAAGCCGUGAUUCGUCCGUCUGUCUGCAACGCUAAUUUACCAUGGCCACCAAGUAUCAAAAUCCACUAUACCCCUCAAUAACGAAAAUACAGCUAGUAUAUAAUAUAUCUUAUAUAUUAUUGUAAAUGCGAAAGUUUGCAUGGAUGAAUGAAUGUUUGUUACCCCUUCAUGAAAAAACUACAAAACGGAUUAAAUUCAAAUUUAUAUACAUAUAGUUUUAGAACAGGAAUAACAUUUAGGCUACUUUCCUCUUCCGUAUUACUCCCUAAAGGAGGGGGCUUUUAUAGACUUAAUGGUAUUGUUGGUACGAAAAUAUAAUAUUUUUGGUAAUUUAUUAGUUACUUUGGCGAUAUGGGUGAGAAAAAAAACAGUUGUUAUUAGUUAAUUUGGUUGUUAUGGAUAACGAAGUUCCCUUAAAAAAAAUUAUUUAUCGUAGGUACAACGGUUAUUUGUUAUACUCGUAGAUACGGUUUGGAAACAGGGAGACAUCAUGUUUUUAUAUUUUUAUAUUUGUUUUCGUUUUGUGCAUUUGGAAAGCUGUGCAGACAACUUAUGUGUAUAUAUACAGUAUAUUGUAUAUAUAUUUUAACCACUGGUGGAUUAAUGUAUCACCACUAUAAAUAAAAUACAGUUAGGAAAUGUUAUUUUACGUGUAUAUAGAAUAUAUAAUAUAAAUACCUCCAACAGUCGGUUAAUCUAUAUUGCUUGCAGAUUUUUUUUUUUACCAAAAAAACAAUCUCAAUACAAAUUCGUUUAUACCUAUAUAUAUUGCAGUGAUAUUUUCGCAUCACUAAUUAUCAUUAUUUUUUUUUCGACCACGUCAUAAAUGUUUAUAAUUGCAUCGUCGUUUAUGUAUAUUAUAUAUUAUUUACCUAGUUUUUCGGGAUAAGAUUUUUGAAUAGUCUCACUAAUUUUAAAAAUCAAUAACAACAGAUAAGAAAACCGUUAAAGAACUUAUAGACACACACACACACUUAUUAACGAAAAGUUCAUAACCACGAGUAUUACCUCUGCAUCAUCGUAUUGUUUUUUGUAUUGUUUAUUCGUUUGUAUAUGGCUACAGAUUUCGUUUUUUCCCGUAUGAUAUUAGCAUCAUACAGCUGAUUUUCGAAUAAAAACAAUACAUAUUAUUAUAAUAUUCCGCUGUGACGCAUAUGAUAAUGCGAAACAAAAUCCAUCGCACAACGCAAAAACACCGCCGCGUUCUUCCGAUAAAAAUUAUCGAGAACAACCCAUCGUUUUUCGUUGAUUCAAUUAAAAAAAAAAAAUUAUUUGCUAUAGUUAUCCAUUAUAAUACAUUGUUACGUGGGUUACGUGUUUCUGACCAUUGUGCCUUCAUUUUGUUUGCGUGACCUUGCAGGCGAUCGUCUUUCGUGUAGGUACAGAAAUGCGCGUUUUGCAAUUUUCGAUUUGCCGUUGAUAUACGCGUCUCGCACAAGGAAUCGUCGUGAUUUAAAGAGAUAUUACAGUGAUUAUAACAUUUUCGUCACAAUGAUCCAAAUAGCUGAAAAAAAUUUAGAUACUUACUACGGUUCGACGCAAAUACAUCUUCACAAAUGAAACCAACUUACCAAAUUCACCAAUACAAAUCUCAAAGGUUUUAAUAUUUUAAAUUGAAAAAGUGCUCCCACUUAUGCAAAGUAAACUUGUUUAUGAAUUCGAAUAUAUUUUUAUUUUUAAAAUCGAAAUACUGUAAAUACCAACAUUUUUGGUCAGGCGUAUAUCUACUAACCUAAAGGCUGUACCCUUUCCCCUCAAUUGGGUAUCAGGCAGUAAAUUAGUGGAAAAGCCUUAUCAUUAAGAUGGUCAUUAAAAGAUACACAAAAUUGAAGAGAAUUUAUAAAACCGUCUCCAGCAGAUUGAAGUGGUUAGAAAAACAUGGUAUUUAGAUCAAAAAUCCAGACAUAACUGACCUAUUUCAAUUUUAAAAACGUAUUUUGAUUAAUUAACAAGUUUACCAUAUAAGUUAUAUUGUAGACAAUUUUAAAUAUUUCAAAAUUUGUAUGUGUUACGGAUAUAAAUAGAAAUACACCAACAAAUAUUUAAAACAUUUUGAAAAGCUACUCCGACUCCCUUGAAACGUUUUUUUUAUAUAUUAUUAGCUAUUUUCAAUAUUAUAAACUGCGGAAAACUAAAUGUUUCUCUUUUGUAACUUGCACCUAAAUACGAAUAAAUAGCUUAAGAUGCGUUUAAAUAUAGCGGGUAUUAAGACGCUCGAAUUUUCUUCUUUUGUGCCAGUCAGGUUCUAUUGAAAUUCCUUCCCUACACGCUAUUCAGUUUUAGUACGUACCUAUAGUAUAGUCAUUGGCAAGGUCUGUACAAAUAUCGAUCCUCAUACAUCGUUCUACUGCAGUUUAAAGGCAUUUUCUGAUAUUUUUCUUAUAUAUAUAUAUAUAUAUAAGUUUUAUGUAUACUGUAUUUAUAUAUUACAGGAUGAUUCAUAAAGCAUGCUGACUCUAUUUUUUUUGUGUUAGAUUUUUCACAACAUUUAAGGAAUAUCCUGUGGCGAUAUCAACUUUUAUUUUUCAAAUGAGAAUCUAUACUAAAAAAAUCCAUAAAUAGAUGGAUUAUUAGUUUAAAUAAAUGUCGAUAUUAAAAUUGUUGAUUUCCGCCAACUUGUUGACGAGAUAUUCUAUUUUUAAGUUGUGGUAGGGGGAGAGUAGUGGAGUAUAAUUUGUGAGGCAGCAUGGCGCGUGGCGUCUUAUUAGUGUUCCGCUACUCUUCCCCUGCCUAAACUUAAAAAUGGUAUUCCGUAAAAUAUAUCGUCAACGAGUUGACGGAAAUCAAACAUUUUCAUAUAAAAAUGUAUUUAAACUAAUAAUACAUCUAUUUAUAGAUUUUUUAGUAUGGAUUCUCGUUUGAAAAACAAAAGUUAGUAUAGCCACAGGAUACUCCUUAAAUGUUGUGAAAAUUUUAAGUAUUCGAAAAUAUUAGCUUUAACUAAACUUAAAAAUUACAAAAAUUAGAAUUUGGAUUUAUACAAAGUUUAACCAAAAAAAUGGGGUGAACAUGCUUAGUGAAUCACCCUGUAUAUAAUAUUAUUUAUGCGAAACUGAAUAUUAUUUCACGUUAAAUCCGUUUUACAACUCAAGUAUUGAAAUUACUUACACACAUGCAAAAAUAGUGCGACUUUUCGAUUCGGUAUAGAUUCGCAAUCUCGUCUAUGCAGCAUAUCGAUCUAUAAAUAUAUACGGCACGGUAGUUAACCUAAUUUUUGCAAUUUAUCUCGACGCAAUAAACGUAAUUAAUUAUCCGUCAGAUGCACACACAUUUAUACAAAUUAACUAUAGGCGAUUACUUGGAAUCGUCAUUUUAAAAAAACAUUUGAAUAUUAUUUAAUACAUACCUACUAACGAUCGUUUUAACCCAUUUAAUAAAAAUAUUAUAUAUAUAAUAAAGACCUAGUUGUUGCGUACCACACUUUUUUGGAAAGUAUAAUCCUCGAAAAUCCGUUUUUGAAAUAAAUUGAUUUCAGAAAAUUUUUUUUUAAAAUUCUAAAAUAAUCUUCGACACAUAUUCCGCACGCAAGUGUUGGAUGAAAAUCCAUAAUUAAUACAAUAUAAUAUUCUACAAUAUAUUAUAACAAUAAAGAAUUUAAAUUUUCGAAUAUUGUCGGACACAUUACGGGAGUCCGACAACAAAUAAUUUUUGAAGCAGGAUUUUUAAUUUUCAGACCGGUUCAUCUAUAAACAUCACACACAUUUAAUAGCCGUUAAUUUCGGCCGAUUAGUAUGUCGUACGCACAUUUGAAAGUGAAAAAAACACGUGACUAGGUGGUCUAUAACGUAAAAGUUAUUAUUAAUGUAAUAAUAAAAAAAAGCAAACUGACAUACUUGUUGUUUGGAUAUUUGCACGAUGGGUGGGCCACUGUUGUUAGUGAGAGGUUGGAAUAAGGUAAAGGGGAAAUUUAAUGUAUAUCUAUACGUAACGAUUAAUUAGCUAAAAAUGAUUCUGAGCUGAGUUCGAUUGAAAGGAUGUAAUAUUUACGAAUUGAAAAUAAUACAUUUCGUAAAUUUUCCCGUUUUUCUGGUUUUUCCCAUUUCCUAUGAAAACCCUUAGGAAAAUCAAAAAAUAACCACCCCUGUCAAAUUUCCUUUCAAAAAAAAAUACUACACUUGAAAAUCGGAGCAAGAUUUCUAAUAUUAAAGUUGUUCACAGAAAAAAAAAAUUAACAUCAUUAUGAAACUAAGACAUUCCUCACUCCGCUCAGAAUCUAAAAAAUCAUGGUCGAUCCAGGCUUCCGGCGAAGGAAAUGGUGUUUAGUAUAUUAUAGUAUAUAUACAAGUAGUGAUAAUAUUGCGUCUCUCUGUCAUAAGGGCCCUCCAUGCGUAGUGGCCACGCAAUUGGCAUAUACAGAGUGAUCCAUUUAUCAUGAAGCAACGAUUUUCUCGAAUGACUUUAAGUGAAUUCAAUUUAGUUUUUUCAUUCACUACUUUUAGAAGUUUGUGUCUUAUAAAUGUAUGAAACAGUGAAAAUUGCAUUCAGCAAAAUUGAUUUUAUGUUUUCAGUUUUAAUAUUAGUGCAAAUUGAUUUAUUAUCAUAAACCUAAAGUAAGAACAUUAAUAUAUUUGUGUUUUUACGCUGGUAUUUUGCGAUAUUUUAUUUAACUUUGAAGUGAAACAUAUAUAUUUUUAAAUUGUUAUAUUUCACAGAUUCAGAUUUCAGUAAAAAUAUAAAUAAGAAAAAUUAUUAUCAUAGCUAACCGCCCAAAAUUGCUGGACGCUAAUUUACUAUGUCGUAUAUUUGUAAAACGGUGGUAACAAAUAUAUGUACAGCGUUCUCUUAAGUUUUAUGUUAAUGAUAUUUUCAAAUUUAUACCCCCACUUCUUAUGCCUUAUAAAUUACUAAACACUUUUGAUUUUUAAUCAGUAACCUUCCCUCACUUUUAAACACAUUAGUGACACACACAAUAGUGAAUAUUUUUCAAAAAAUGUUGAUAUCUAUUCUAUACACUAAAGCAUAGAAUUUAUCGUUUAUCAAUUUUUCAAUUUAAACCGGAAUUGGGUUAUAGGGAGGGAAUGAUAAUUAACUUAAUAACCAUUAUAGCUUACUAAUUUAUUCGAUAUGAAUUGUAAACUUUUAUAACUUAAUUAAACGGUUGUAAAUCCGGUAUUAUAGUGUUGUGCAUAUUUAGUGUAUUAGUUUUAGCAUUUUUCGAAUCUUUAUUUAAAAGAUGAGUGUUGAUGCGAUUUGAUAAUCUAAAGUGCUGGUAUAUAACUCAUUUAAGUUAUAAGUAGUAGUGAUAAAAAUUUGAAAACAAAACGCAAUUUACCAAAAAAUCUUUGAUCCGAAAUAAAUGAAUCACUCUGUAUUAUAAUAUAACCUACAGCGGAGAACGAAAUAAUAAUAAUGAAAAUUUAACGUCAUUCGGUCGGGUCGCACAUUAAACAGACGCAAGUAUAAUAAUAAUAAUGCGCGUUUGUCCUGCAGGAUAUUAUAAUAUAAUAAACUAUGCAACAUCCCGCAACGUCGCAACUAAUAAUUGACGUACUAUUUAUUAUAUACAGAGUGGCGCGUUUAUCAGGAACCGGAGAUGAUUCGUUUAUAUCUUUGUACAUUCAAAAAUUUGUCUACAUUUGUUUCGGUCAUUUUAUAUAAUAUUAUAUAGAAUAUCCUUUGUCCCUUGUAUUUUACCGAUUUUAAAAUGUAUAGUAACCUUGUAUGUUUUUUAGAUAAGUAAACUCGGUUUUGAAAAGAAGCGGUAGGUUUAUAUACGAAUCCGGGUUACAUAAAGAAAACACUUCUAUGUAUACUCAUCCAGCCUAAAUAUUAUUGUUAUAACCCAUAGCGUUAAACAAUAUCCUAACAAUAACAAUAUCCAUUUCUUAUUUUUCUACUUUUACUAAAUAUUAUGUAGAAGUCUUACCAACAUGUUAUUGUACAUUAAAAUAUAUUAUAAUAUCUACUUCUAAUUGUAUACACAAUUUUAAUGUACAUAUAUUUUUGCAUAUGUUGACAUUAUAGAGAUUAUAUUUACUUGUUUUAAAUAAUCAAACACGUUUUGUUAAUUUUGAAUUGAAUUUUGGACAAAUAUAUGACGAUCCUUUUUAAAAAAUUAUCAUCAGCUAAGCAGUUUUUGUUGCGUCGAAACUCUUACAGCCAUUAUAAAAUGAAUAUUUUUAAAAACAUUAAAAAAUCGUCAAUUUAACUGAACAGUGCAAUUACAUAACAGUUUAAAUUUAACUCCAGUGUUAUUAAUUAUUUUUUGAGUUUUUAUUGAGUCUUUAUUUUUCGUAAUAAUAUUUCUAAACAAAUAUAAUAAACUUCUUUUUGUUGUUUAUUUUAUCGUGGUAUACCACAUGUUUUUAUACAAAUUUUCGCAUAUUUUUACCGUAGGUAUGUUUAGCAAUCGUUGAAGUGAUGCAAAUUUCAAUAUUUUUUAGUUCUACGACUUUAAAAUUCAUAGACGAAUAAACGAAGUAUAUCUGAUACGUUUUGUAUUUGGUAAAAAAUAUCGAUAUUUUUAGAAAAAUAUUUUAGUUUCCGAAGUCUGGAAAAAAAUCCAUAAGUACUGGCCGCUAUUAACAAAAGUUAAUAGAUAAAUAAUCGCGAUGUGUUUAUGUUGAUGUUAAAAUUUCGCAAACACAACAAUAUAUUGCCUAUUUGUCAAUAACACACUUCGUUACAUUUUCGUUUGGCUGAUAAUCCGCUGGUCCCCGUGAUUGUAAUGAAUCGCCCUGUAUACGUAUAUACCUACUGCAUAUACGUAUAGUAUUGUGGCCGGUCGGAAUAAUAAAUAUUUUAAAGUUCUCCGGCCCGUGACUCACCGACUACCACGACGACGCUGCUACGAGUGUGCGCAUGCUCUCGGUCACUACCGAUUGGCCCGCAGCCGCCAACCGAAAUACAACCGAAUUAUUAAAUGGUAUUUUUUUUUUUACGAUAUUCUAUUGUUUCCCGUAACCACAGUUAGUGAUGUGCCUUGAGUAAAUACCCGAAGGGUAGGUAAACGUUUUAAAUAUUUACCCAACCAAAAUUUAGGUAAAUAUUUUUAUUAUGUUGCUAUUCGGGCAAACAACUGUUUAUUCUAACCGAUAUUUCGGAAUAUAUUACAACAAAUAGAUAAAAUAUUGAAUUAACAAUUAUAGGUAAUACAUCUAAUUUGUUUAGUUGUAAUGUUUACGUAGAAAAAUAUAGAUCGAUUAUUAUGUUUUAGUUUUAAACGAUUCAACGAAGCUGUUUAAUGCUUAAUGAAAAUGUCAAAUGUCAAGUUAAUGUAUUAGGUAUUCAAUAUAUGGCUAUACAUUUAUUAAAAAAAAAAACCCAACAAGUUUUCGUAUUAAAUUUAUUACUGUGUACAAGUAUUCCAUUAAGAAUAAAUGUAUCCAAUAUAAUGUCCAAUUCACCGGAUAAACGUCCAUUACUCAGUCAUUAUGAUAACCGCGGAUGUAAUAAUAACACAUUUAUUGCAACAAUACAAUCUAAACAAUUUAAAAAAAAAUUCAAAUAUUGCAGCACCCACUAUAAGCUAAGUUUGUGCUGGGAGAACAUUCCUUAUCAAUUGAACUAAUAGAUAAUAUACAUUAUACAUAAUAUACUAAUAUAUUAGUUAUGAAAUUAACUUAUAAUAUAGGAUAAUAUGAUAACGAUAUUAUAACAUUAUCAAAUCUAAAUGAUAAUAUUAUUAUACGUGUACGUGCGUUGCUCCCGAGUCAUAUAUAUAUUAUAUUUGUGUACGCACUUAUAAUACUAUUAUGCGCCUGUAAUAAUCGUCGAAAACGAGAGUUGAGUCAUAUUAUUUUAAAUUAUAUAACAGUGCACCUAAUUUCUUUCGGUUUUUUUUUUUUUUGUUUUAAUAAACAUUAUAGCUCGAUAAAUAUAUUGCAUUUCCCCCCUCUACAUCAUUUAAAACGUAUACCUAUAUUUUAUUAUAGUGUUAUGUUCACAUCUAAUAAAUAAUGUAGGUACCUACUCGUUUCCCGUAUAUUUGCAUUCGGUUAUACUAUUAUAUUUUACGCGAACACUAUACAUUAUAAAUAACUGUAAAAAACCUCUAUAAAGUUGUUCUAGUCGCAUGUAAUUAUUAUUAUUCUGCAAGUAGCGAAAUUUCGAGUACUGCUGUAGGAGGGUGGGUAUCAGUAUUUGCUGCGGUAAAGUGUCUAGAAAUCAACAAUGUAGGAGAAUAUGGCGCAAGGGCGAAUCCCGCAUCUAUUUACAGUCAGGGCACUAACUGUUGACACAAUUCGGAAGCUAUGUAUUAUGAUUGUUCAUUUUUUUUUCUCGAAAUGUGUAGAUUUUGACUGUAUUUAUUGCUUUAAAAUCAAAAAUUCAAAAAAAUAAGUUUAUGAUUUCGAUUUUGGUUGCAAUGUCAGAACUGUAAAAAACCACACACGAAUUUAAAAAAUAAAUUUGGACGAUUUUUGACAAAAUUACAAAAGUAUGGACGCAUUUCGGAAAAAUAACAAAUUUCAAUGUCGAAAAAAAAGAUUCGAAUUUUUACUAAACUGUAUUUCUUGUAUUCCUGCCUUCAUAUAUUCAAUGAAAUAUAUAUUAAUGUUUUUGGAAUACGAAAAAUAAAAGUUUAAAAAAAUCAUUUUGUCAUUUUAUAUCUAGGUUAAUUUGAAUAUCACCUAAUGAUUUUCAGUUUCAAAUAUAUCGGAUAUCGCACAGGUCAUAUCGGCUCAGUCAUACCAUUGUGUUGUUUUCAUUAUAACUAUAAGAAUCAAUAUUUUGUGUACAUUUAAUACUUUGUAUGCGCAUUAUUUAAAGUAAUAGAUAAUUGAAAUAAAGUUUUAUGAGGUAUUUGUCAAUAUUUUGAAAUUGUUUACCAAUAUCCAUUAGAGCGGCAGCCAUUUUUCCAUUUUUUUUGAAACCCGGGGUAAAAAUGUAAAAUCUGAUUAUUGAUUAAUGUAUUGUCAUUAAAAAUAUGAACGUAUGCAAAAUUUCAAGUUGCUUCAACCUUGGAAAGUGGGUCAAAACAGAUCACAAGUUUUAAAAAUUUCUUCACGAGUAAGCUAAUACGAGUAUAAGCAUAGUAAAAAGCAACAAUGAUUUCUGAUAUAACGGGUUAGAUAUGUAAAGAUCGACCUCAACCCGACUGUAGGAAUUUAAAAGCCGGAUAUAAAAAAAAGGCCAAUUCUUAUUCAAAAACAAAUAAAUAGCUUGGUAAUAAUUAUAGCUGCAAUAUAAUGUAAAUUUCAAUAUUAAAUUACUGAAUAAAUACUUUUAUAGUUGUUAUAUUUUUAAGCCAAUGAAGGGGAAAAGUGAUAUUAUAACCACCUUCCCUCUGCACUCACCACUGAUCACGAUUAAUAUAUUAUAUUAAGUAUAUAGUAUGCGUAAUACAGUUUCAGUUUCACUAUAUUUUUUCUAUAAUUUAAUAUUAUCAUAAUUAUUUGAUCAACUGCAGAUGAUGAUAUUGUAAUAAUAUACGAAAAAUAUUAAUGUGAAUAUUACAAAUUCUUUCUUUUUUUUUUUUUAGUUGAAGUAUAUUAUAUUACGUCAGUGCAAUUUAAUAAUUUUAAAAUCUGUGUAUUAGUAGAUCUAUAUGAAAUGAUUUGAUCACAAUAUUAUAUUACAAUCGAUCACUAGGUAUACAAUAACUGUCAAAGUAUGAAAAUCAGAUAUUAAAAACUUAGAAUAUUUCAUUUCUUAUAUUAUAAUCGUCAGUUUAAAAUUUAAAUAUGAUUUAUAUUUAUGCAAAUGCAAUUUGUAAGUUAUAUUUUAACGUAAUCACCCAGAACGAAUUAAUAUUAAGUACUUAUUAUAUUGAUGAGCUUGGCGAGAAUUAUCGAUUUUACUGAUUUUUUUUUUUUUGUCGUGUAGUGAUGUGGUACACGGUUUUCGGCAUAAAAUUGUCGUACUGGUAAAAAUUUCGAGGUUUGAAAUUUCUACAAAAUUCAUAAAAUCACGAUAUUAAUUUGUAAAUUAUUUUGUGUAGGUAGUGAACAUUCGACAAAAAGAAUGGACAAUUUAAAUUUAACGUGAUACAAUGCGAUUUAAUUCUGGAUUUAACCGUGGGUCUCGUAAGCCUGGAAAUUAACCAGAGCGAAUAAUAUUAUUUUCCAGUCAAUAUUACAAUAUUCGGAUCGAUUGUAUAAGUACCUAUAUAUACGUAUAAUUUAUACAAAAUAAAAUUGUAUGUAUACGCGAUGUUGAAGUGAAUAAACCAAAAAAAAUAACAAUACGCUUGACAUAAUAUUAUAUACAUUGGCGGGUAUAGUUUUAAUGCCGUCAUCAUCGGUCGAUUCAUUGAUAAGAAUUAUUGUAAUCAUUGGUUAAUGCACUUUUGCACGCGUAUCCGGGUAUCGAUGACCGUCCGGGGAGGCGGUGACGUAGUCAUUAAACUAUUGUCUAUACAUACAGUGUGUGCAUUACCAUCGUGUGUAUAGUUUUAAGAUCGGUGGCGCCAUAAAGUGCGUGUCACGAGUCACGACCACCACUGCUGCUGCCGCUUCGACCGAUACGAGUAUUAUUAUAUUAUUAUUAUUUUCGUGUUUUCUGGUAUAUAAUAGUCGGGGGCUUAAAAAUACACUCGUUACUCAGCACGACGACCAUCAUCACGUAGUGAUGCGUUUGGUAUAUUUAUGAUAAUAUUAUAAUAAUAUAUAUAUAUAUAUAUGGCUUGUUCAUUUUUCGUUUUAAACGAUGAUUUCAUAUAACAUAUACAAAUUGUCGUCUUCCGGUCUUCGUUGUUAUAUUGUUAUCCCGAUGUGAAUCGCUCGCUUGAUUGCAGAUUUUAUUUUCCGCGGUGACAACGAUAUUAUGAUGCGGCACAGCCACUGUAAAUGGGUGAAGUGCGUUACGUAGAAUUCGUAAAAAUAUAGAACAAAUAUUGAGGAGGGAGGGGUUAUAACACACCUAUUCCUUCUGGUUAUAUAUAACAUUAUAUUAUUUUGUUAAUAAAAAAAAAAAAAAAAAAUGAAAAAUGUUUAUGUUGUAAAUACAAACAAAACACAACCUAUAUUCGUCCAUUAUAUAAGUGCGAGCCGUUUAAAUUUAUAUUUAGUAUUAUUACUGAUUCAAAAGCCUUACCUUGGAAUAAUUACCUACGAAAUUUUCGUUUUGUUUUCGGUUUUUGACAAUUCUAUUUAAACGUUGUUAUAGUUCUUGAUCACCGUGGGCUGGAUUCCAAUAACCAUUUUUAAUGCAAAAAUGCUAAAAAAAAUAAAAGUAUUGAUUGAGAUAAGUAUAUCUUUUACACUAAUCAAAGUACAUAAAAACAAAUUGUACUUUGUUUUAAAAUCCGGGCCCUUAGUGGCUAGCAGCAGUGUGGCGUAUCAUGAAUAACAUUAUGUAGACAUUUAAAACUCGUCGCAGAAACCGUGUAAAAACGGAUAUCGUCGUUUGCUGUUUCGCUGAAUAUUCGAGACUUGUGUGGUUUCUGUCGUCAUGGCACUUCUUGUAUCCGUCCGCAUAAUAUAUUGUAAUAAUAUAAUAUUGUAAUAUAAACGAUAUAUAUGUCGUGUUUUAAUAAAAAUAUCUUCGACGUCAAAUAAAUGUCAAUUUUAACUAUUAUUGGACCUUCAUCCACGUAUCUGUGGAUUAUUGUACAUAAUAUUAUACUAUAACGAUAAUAUGUGCCUCGUCACAAUAAAUAUAUAAUGAUUAAAGCAUGAUUUAAGUAUGAUUAAAUGUUUUAACAGUUAGGCAUGUCGGUCAAAUAACACGAUUUAGUGUAGGAAAAGGUCUUAUCUGUGAACUUGGAAAAAUAUAAAUAUAUUCAUAUUUGUUCAAGCAUUGAUUUUAUAAGUUAUAGGAGCGCGUACCUACCAUGAAUCGAGAAAUUAUUAAAUAAUAUAAACAUAUCAAAGUUUUUUUAAACUGCCUUAAAAUGAUUUUAGACACGAUAUAGUAGCCCUCUGAAAAUCAUAUUAUUAUAAUCCACCUCCCCUUAGACGGAUUUUUGUAAUGACAAUUUAUAUUAACAAAUUGAACAAGACACGAUUUUUCUUCUUCUCACUAAAAGCUGUGCCUUGUCGCUGCAAAUCUAGAUCUCCACUCUUCUCUCUCUUAGAAGAGAAUAGAAGUUCAUAGAAUCUCUUCAUAUCGGCAUACCACGUUCAAUCAGUUCGUCUCAUGAUUUUUUUGAUAAACGUCUUCCUGAGUUUCCCUCUUCCUAUAGAGGAAGAGGGAAACUCGUUCUUCGUUCUUUAAAUAUGCUUACUUGGCAGAAACGAAUUGUUCCUACUUGACAUAAUUUUCUCCUACUCGGUUUAAUACAUCUAAAUUCCUUCUCAUAUCUGUACAAUUAAACAUGAUAAUUUUUCUCCAGAUCCACAUUUCCAUUGCCUCUAAUUUUUUCUUGUCGUGUUCGGUGAUGGUUCAAAUUUCUCAACCAUGAAACACUACAUUACUCCAUACAUAGUAUUUGGCAAAGUUUUUUUAUUUAAGUAAUUAUUUUUUUUGGUAUCGCUGUCUAAUUUUUACCUAUAUCUACUACCGCUAAAGUUAAUGAACUCUCUAAAUUGAUUACUACGUGGAUAACAAUCCUUAAUAAUAAUAUUACCUACCCUAAUAAAUAAUAUCUCUGAAAAGCACUUGAUUUCAAUAUUUCAAUUUUCUUGUUUAAUAUUGUCCACAAUUUAUAAACAUUCUUUAAUGUCUCUCCUAAUAUAUUAAAUUAUCAUUCCCCAAUGUUUCUUUUGGAUAUAUUUUCCAUAUAAAUAUAUAUAUAUACUUUUUGGUCGAAUAAAUGCUUGUUUAUAUUUUAACCGUACGAGGUUAUGUGGUUGUAUAAGUAUAUACACGUUAGGUAUUCAACAUUUUUAUGUCGGUUGGACUCCUGCGGAUAAAAAAAACGGUCCGUUUUUCUAUAUAUACCUAUAACCCCCACCCCUAUAGUAGGUACCUAUAUUUGAUGAUUUAUGGAAAUUAUUCUCUAUGUAGUGAGUAUACACCCAUAUUAUAUACGAAUAACGUCGAACAAAUAUGCUUAUAUUUUUUUAACGCGAUAACAAAAAAAAAACACGCUCUGUACUACCAUUGGCCGUUUCCGGUAAACGUGAUAAGCACCUGCAGGACCUCGAGCUGUUAUUGUAACGCCAGGACAUUGUUUAGUGAAUAACCACUGUAUCGAAUACCCCUACUUUAAACAAAAUCUCCAUGAGCAGAAAAAUUAAACCUUCCCCCCAAACUUUUAGUUUCCCUCGAUUAUUCCUCCACCAUUACUAAGAGUAUUCCUUACAUAAAAUUUAACAUUUUAUUAAAAAAUCGACUAAUUAUCUACAUAAUACACAAAAUAGUACGCUAUAUAGUACUGAGUGUCCAAUGGCCUUUACUGUGUAUCCAUUUAAACAAAGAAAAUCUACUUAAAAAUUGUCCUACCCAACGCGCAUAAUAUUAAAAAAAUACAAUACGGACGUACCCGAUUUAUCGAAAUAAAUAGACGAGGGUAAAAACCGUCGUGAAAAUAUUAUGGUAGCAGUGACAACAACGACCACGCAAGUAACGUAUUGACAAAACUGUGCCCCGUGCCGCUGCUAUCCCGUCGCACGUCAAUUUAUGACCGUGUCUACAAGGUGUUGUAUUGCUUCUCUCGUGUGCGUGUGUGCGCAUGUCUGUGUGUAUGUGUGAUAUCACCAGAACACCAGACAGACAAGACGGGGAGAAAGAAAAAUAAAAACGACGACCGCAAAUGGAAAUUGUUUAUUAUUAUUAUUUUUUUUUUUUACAAUAAAGUGUCGUGUUUCUUGGCGUUUUGCUAUACAAUAUUUAUGUAUUUAUUUAUUUAUUUAUUGUUAUCUCUCCGUAAUAGAAUACUUGCGCAUGUAUGUGUCGUGGCCACGACCAAGGAGUUCGAUACGCGUGAAGGUCGCCGUCCGUCUGUCAUUUACGAAAUUAAUAAUAAUAAAUAUCGAGACAUAAUAAUAUUAUGAUCCGUUUACGACGACGCACUGUGGUCGAAAAGCCAAUUCUACCUGAAAAAAGACUUUAAGUUAAGUUAAAAAUAAAAUACUUAGUACCGGCCAUUGAUUAAUAAGAUAUAAAAGACUGGAAACAAGAUCACUAUUAAUGGAACUAAAAAUUUAUAACAAUACUUAGUAUUCCUACCUAAUAAUGAUUUGGACGCCAUCUAUGAGCUACUCACAGUCAAAUAAAUAUUAUUACACUCAUAAUAUGUAUUAUGUAUAAGCUUAUAAUUUUAUAUUCGAUAACAAUAACAAUUUGUAUUAUACUUUUCUAUAGUAGAAAUAAAUAAGUUGUGAUAAUAAAUACGAUUUAUUCGAUAUUUUAAUUGUAAAGCUAUUUAUGAAAGUAUAAAAUAUCAUGAUUUAAAUAUGUUCGUAUAUAGACAAUUUAAAACAAUUUGAGUAUAAAAAAAAAAAAAAAACCGACGUACAAACGCAGAUAAUGUACUUUAGGUUUUAAUAAUAUAUCAACACACUUUAAUGCGUUAAAACUAAAAUCAGAUAAUUGUUACUGCUGAGUUCAAAAUGUCUAUGUCUUUGUGGUUUUGUAAGAUUUAAAAGACGAUAACAAAUGCGUGGUAUUAUUUAAUAACGUACAACGAUCACUUAUCGACUUGUGAUUCUAAAACGAUACUCCGACGGCGGUGGCGUAGAGCUCGCGGAAACUUAACAUUUCAUCGUCGGGAAACUGCGCUUCGUCUUUCCGGAAGACCGACUCGACCUUGGCGAUUAAUUUCCCGUUAAACGCGCAAUGCAAUCAAACGUAUUACCUAUGUACAAUUAUAUUAUAUGAUGUGUGCCCGUUAUUUGUAACCGAUCGCGCGGAAGGAUUUCUCUUCUCGGUCAUAUUCUAUAUAGGUAUAUAACAUACAAGGUCGACGUCAAUCGUUUAAAAAAUCGAGCACAUAAACUUUUUAUAUCUACAUUUUCGUUUGCACCACGUAUACGAAUUAAGCCCCAGUUCGCGAGUUUCCGAUUAUCCGUAUUGUUUUAACAGCUGUGUUUUUGUGCGGUCCAGCUGCGUGAAAUACCCGAACAGUUUUUGUUUGUAGUUCCUUUGAAAAAGAAAUUUGUUCCGUUUCUCAUUCCUCAAAUUUAGAAUUUGUCUAGAACCUUUCUCGUUCAAAAAAUAAAAAUUAUUAUUAUAUAAAAAAAAACCGUAUGUACUUCAGACUUCGGGUAAGCUACUUUUGUAGGUAAAACGUAUGUAAGGUAAAAGUUGUAAAGUAGUUUAGAAUUUAGUUUAUGUACUGUAAGCAACAAUAAGUCAAUAAAAUCAAAAAUUGAUUCCGAGCAGAGUUCAAUAAACUGUUAAUUGGUAUAGGUCUUGUUUUUACCACUUUGUAGACCAGAUAAUCUAGAAAUCAACAAAAAUAUGUAAAAUGUAUUAUAUAUGAAGAUUUUAAAGCUUUCCAAUCACUUUGUUCGUUAAUGUCGGAAAUAAAUUGAAAAUCACUCUCGAUUUGUUUUUCAAAAUCACGUCGGGUGAAGGUCAUAAACUCACAAAGUAUUUUCACUUUUUCCAUAGAUGUUUGCUUUUCUGUUACCAGGGGGAGGAGUCAUCGGUCGAGGCCUGACAAACGUCCAGGUUUUAUGACUUAACGAUCUCCCUUGACGGUUUGUACAAAUGAUGGUCGUUGGUUGAAUCCAGUUUUUGAAAAUCCGAAAGUUGGCGAUCCAAGAAUUUUAAUGUGAAUAUUACUCUGGGAAACGAUACAACUAUGAUAAUCGCAGUCUUUCCGCGAACAUAAUUAAAUAUUCUAUGUUAUUUAUUGAACGAAAAACAGUUUAGCGCGUCAAAUAUUUAAAUUUUUAGAUGCGAUGUUUAGUUCUAGCUUCUCGGUAUAAUGGUCCUGCAAAACAGCAUUAUAAAAAUGGAUUAUUAUUCGCCGACGACGAAUAAUAAUUUUCAUCUUUCGUUUUGCUGUUCGACGGUUUAGAACUCAUCGCUUUAACGGCCGUAGAUAAAGACUCCCGCAUAAAUAAAUAAAUGAUAAUAUUUCUCAGUUUCGCCGAGAAAAAUUGUCACUGUGACCGCUAUCUUUUUUCUUCGCUAUUUUACCCAUUAUAAUAAUAUUACAUUGAGAUACAGACGAAUUCGCCCUAAUCGCUGUAGCUGCGUCUUCGCUUCGUUCAGAAUUUCGGUUGACAUUUUAAGUUGUAUUUAAAUAUUCGCUUUCUCUCUUUUUUUUUCUUUCUCGCUCCCCAAAAGUGAUAGUUUUUGGCAAAUUUUAACAGUCUGACGUCUUAACGUUGGCAACGAAAUUUCAGGGUUAAGACUUAAUGCACACAACGAUACAGAUUCAAGUAUAGGUACACACGUUUUUAAUCUCAUUAAAUAACGCAUGAAAAACAUUUUUCUACAUUAUGUUAUUAUUAUGACAAAUUGAUAAGUAUAACGAUUUCAUUGCCACCGGCGUACUAUUUUUACCAUUUUAACAGUUCAAAAAAUCGCAGGACUGGACGUUGCGUCUAUCGGCACUCGAUUUUGGCACUUUGGCAAGUCUGUCGGUUGGCAUAUUAUGAUAAAAAAAAAAAAAAUCGCGUCUAAACAAUCGGUGAAACGAAAAUAAUUUACCACCGACGAGUUGUUUAUACUGCAGAGAAAAUAAUAAUACGCAUUCUAACUCGAAUAAUAUAAUUGUCGAUAAACUGUAAUAAAGCCCUAACAUACAGUAAAAUGUCGUAAAAUGAAUAUAAUAAAACAGAAUUUGUUAAAAAUAUAAUUUUCUACAAAUUCAAUAGCCCUUACAACUAUUACCAAUAGUAAAUGAAGUAGUCAACGAACUUGUAUAAUUAUACAAUAGAUACAGGUAUUAUUAUAAUUUUUAUAAGUAUAUAUAAAAACAAUGUGUCAUGCCGUGUUAUCCGAAUGCUAAUGACUCAAUAUCCAUUUUAUAUUUCAAUCUGGUUUGGUUUUGUGGUAUCAGAACGACACAAAUGAGUGAAAAAUUUAAUUUUUAACUCUCAAUCACUAAAAAAAAAAACUUUUUAUUUUUUCAAAAUAGCCAAUUUGUAAAAUAUAUUAUUCUAAACAUUUUAAUGUAUUAUACAUUCAUAUGAUCAACAGUUUCUUUGUAAUAGUCGUUUUAAUAUCUAAGUGUGAAAAACAAGACUAUACCAUAUUAUGCGAUCACCAUAGUCAUAAUACAAGGUAAUCGGGGUAAAUUAAAACGGCUAUUACUAAGAAUUAACUAUUGAUCGGAUAUGAAUGUAUGAUUCAUUCAAAUUUUUAGAAUUAUAAUUUUACAAAAUAGUUAUUUUUAAAACUUUACAACUCUAUUGAAAAAAAAAAAUGAUUAUUGACAGAAUUAUUAACAUUCGGUUAAUAUUGUAGGAUUGGUUAGGAUACCCUAUAGUUCAAUUUUCAAUAGUCUGCUCGAUAUUUCGUAACAACUUUUCGACCGAAACAUCGUGUUCCACCCAGUGGCGCAUUUAUGGGAAGCGAUAGGAGGUAUUUCUCGGGUUCAAUCCUUUUAAAAUAGAAAUCAAUAUUAGAAAUUCGAUUUAACGUGUCUCCGUGUUUCCGCCCUUAUCCGUAUCAUAGUUAAUCGUUGAUUCCAGGUAAUUUAUAUUUUAAAAAGGGUACUUUUUUAUCUGCAACAGCCAAAUUAAAUAAGAAGAUUUUUUUUUCGUCUGUUUCGCUGAGGUAACCCAUAAAUUAAACAAAAAAUUCAACUUUCGUUCCAAAAAUACCAAAAUCCCCGUGUCUGUUGCUCGUUAGUGAUCGAAUUUAAUGAUAAAUAGUAGACAUUGACUUUCCUCUUGUUUUGAAUGUUAAGUGUGCAAAGUUUAACCAAUAUCAAGAUAAUUUAAUAUAAUUUAAUCAUGAUCGGAAUAAAACUGUAGUUUCACAAACCUACAAAUAAACAAACAUAAAUAAAUAAAUAAAUAAGCAAUCUUAUAUAAGAUGAUUAUUUUUAUGUACAAUGGUGGAUAUUUCGAAUUUUUUACUCACAUUUCCUAUCCGACGACGUCCGCGGUAUACUAAAUCUAAAAAAUCGUUCCUAAUAGUCAGAAAAUAAUAAUGUUUUCUUUAUAGUUAUUUUGUACGAAAGAAAAACUUAAAUUGCGCGACUAUUUUCGGAUUGCCAAACCGCGUCUGGUCAACAGCACCAAGGUCGAGUUCUCGUUUAAUGUACCAUAGGGACGACGGGAUUAACGAACUGCGUCAUGAUAAUCUCGGUAAGACGUGGCGGAGGACAAAACCUUAAGAAAAAAAAAACAAACGUGUUCAUCUGCGUAUACAGCGAAAUUAUAGGUAUUGUUAUUAUUAUAGGUCACGUAUUUUAGCUCGAGAUUUAUUCAAUAAGCAAAGAGACUUCCGAUCAUACACACCACGAGUAUAUCCCAUUUAUGGUCGUUUAGUCGACUGCUAUAUUCGUAUUUACCGAACCGGUCGUGUGUUUUGUCGUGAUUACGCCACUAAAAAUGACGUGUCCACAAAUAUGUGCACUAAUGGUCUUGUUAUUAUAAUAAUAUUAUCGUCAAAUGCAUUUUGAGAUAAUAAUAAUAUGUGUGGGUUUCAAUCGAAAGUGUUUACCGUCGCGUUGUCGUUGUCGUCUCGUGAUAAUCUAACCAAAAUAUCAAUAUUAUCAUUAUCAUAAUAAUAUGCAACCCAUGCAAUUUUCGCGAGUCUAUAGGUCGAAAUAUCUUAGAUUUGUAUAAUUUUAUAAACUAUUAAGGAGUAUAAAAUUAAUUUGAAAAAAAAAAAGUAUAAUGUUUGCAUUUGUACGUUUGAGACAUUUUUACAUUCGAUUUGGUCCGCAAAAGAAAAAAGUACCUAUAUAAUGUAUAACACCUAACCUAACACUACAGUAUAUUUUAGGCACAUAUAAUACACGGUGAAUCUUAAAUUGUAAUAUUCUUAUUUGUCACAUGGUUUACCGAAUAGUUUAUUAUUAAUUUAUUUUAUUUAUCUAUGCGACAAUGGCGAUUUUUGUUUCGGGUAAUUAAGUAUAUGGAACACUAAAGUAUACGCGUUUGUGUGCACAAUAACGUUUUACUGAAAUCCUAGUAUAUCAAAUUUAGUUUUGUUAUAUUUUCGUGCAGAUGAGUGAACAUCUGCACGAAAGACGUUUUAGAAUAGGUCGAAUCGAUUAUGAUAAUAUUAUUGUUAUUAUUAUUAUAUAUAUAAUAUUAUUAUUUUGUUGCUGUGCUAUUCGCCGCUGCACAAUUACACCGGUAGUUUGUAUUAUUAUUUUAAAGCGUAGUUUCCUCGUUUAUUUUAUUUUUCCGUCGACUGAGCUGUUCAUUUUGAGGCGUUUUUACGAAUUAAAAUAUAUUACAAUACUACGUAGGUAUUAUAUGAAUAAUAAUAAAAAGAAAGAAAAAAACUAUUAGCUGAUUUUCACUGUACAUCCGCCCCAGUGGUUUUCGCCACAAUCAUUAAUCGUUAUUAUAUUUUAUUAAUUUAAGCCGAACCCGAAAAAUAGCAAACGAACUACGUUUUUUUAUAGAACGAUUUCGUUGCAACUUUACAAGUACACUAUAACAAGUCGUCAUUAUUAUUUUUUCUACAGUGCACGUGUGGUUGCGGUACUAUGUGCAGAAUUUGAUUUCAUAAUAAAUUUCAAUGUUGUAUACAGUAUGUCCCAUCUAUUAUGCACCACUAAAUAUCUCAGCCCGGUGACCUUAGAUUGAAAUAGGGUUUUUCAGGAGGUUAUGAGAAGUAUACCCAAACACAUAUUUUGAGAUGUUUUUCAGUUUUUUUAUUCUUACGUACGUUCAAACAUAAUUAAAAUUACUUUUUUUUUAAUUGCAACCUCUAAUUUUAUCACCAGAUAUGCAUAGAUUAUUUUUUUCCAAGUUAUUUCGAUCCAUUUACCAUUGUCCUAAACCUGAAAUUGACUGCAUUACAGCUUUUUUAAAUUUGAAACAUUUUAUAAGAUAAAAAAUUAAACACAAAUAAAAACAAUAUAUUACAAAAUAGUUAAAAUGUUUUAAUUAAUGAAUAAAUCACUCAAUAUGAAGUGUGUUAUUUUAAAUUUUAAAAAGCUGUAACUCAGUCAAUUUUAGGAUUAUGACCAUGGAACAAAAUGAUUUAGAAAAAAAUAAUCUAUCCAUAUCAAAUGACAAAAAUAAGUGUUGCUGUUUAAAAAAAGAAAUUUUAAUUGAAUAUGCUAGUACUGUAAGGGUUAAAAACUGAAGAUUAUUUCAAAGCGUGUAUUUCGAUACUCCCCAUCGUCUACCAAAAACCCCAUUUCAAUCUAAGGUUAUAGGGCUGAGAUAUUUAAUGAUACAUAAAAUACGAAACACACUGUAUAGUAAAAAACUAAUGCAGUUCUUCUAUAGAAAUGCAUUAGUUUUUUUUUAUAAUAUUGACGCGUUAUUAAGUUAAUCGCGGUUUUAAGGUCAUAUACAAUCGGAGUUCCUGUUGGUGCCAUCCCUCGGUGUGGGUAUAGUUAAUGAUAAUAAUAUUAUGAACUACGAUUCUCGGUAUACAAGAAUCGAAGAGUAGCUAAUUCUCGUUGUACAGUUUUCACGGUCAUUGUUUUAAAAAUCGUAUCCAAUUUUCUUAAAAUCCGUUUCUUUAGGCUUAUAUGCACGAAAAAAUUAUCGAAAAUCUAGUUGUUACACGAGAUUUCACACGAAACGCAUUUAUCGUUAUUUAUAUAAUGCCGAUUAAUUAGUAUAUAUUAAAUAAAUGGCAAUUGAAAUUAUUACAUUAUCAUGGUGCAACAUUAUCGAUCUAUCGUUAGUAUAAAUAAUAAUAAAAUUUCCAGCAUAAAAUGUCUAGUGGUUGAAAUGUUUAAACAGGUAAAAUUAGUAAAGUUAGUUGGUAAUAUUAAAUCCAACACAUAUACCUAUUGUCCAGAAUUUAAUAUAUUGUCACUAAAAUAGCUAUUUAGAUAUAUGACAGUUUUUUUCUUAUAAUAAUUUGGAAAUUAAGUGCUUGUCCGUUUAACUCUGGACUUUUAACCUGCAACCGGUACACUAUCGUAGCACAAUUAAAUUGUGUUUAUUCCUCUGUGCGAUAAAGUCAUUAUAAUGUAAUAUAUAGAUUUAUAGAACUGUGUUUUCUAUUUUUUUAUUAAGUAAUUUUUUUCUAUAGGUGGAACAACGAGAUGUGCCCGGAAUCGACUGCGCGUACUUGGCUAUGGACACGGAAGAAGGCGUGGAAGUGGUGUGGAACGAGGUGCAGUUCUCGGAGCGCAAGAACUACAAAGCCCAAGAAGACAAGAUCCGGCAGGUGUUCGAGAGUCUCACGCAGCUCCAGCACCCCAACAUCGUCAAGUUCCAUCGGUACUGGACGGACACGCACAACGAUAAACCACGUGUAAUAAAUUACUGCAAUUAUUGGUCAAACCCCCCCCCCUUCUCCCUUAAUAUCUUUAUUUUAUAAAGUGAGGUUUACAACUCGUCACGUGUGAAAUUUAAUUCGUUGGAUUAUAGCUUAAAUGUGAUGUAAUAAUUAUAGCUUUUUGUGAUGAUAAUUUUAAAUAACUGAUAAGGUGUAUCCUACGCUAAUCGUACGGUAAACGGUAUGAAUAAGACGACCAUGAGUUGAACAUAUUCUACUCCCGGUAUAACGUCUUGGUAAACACGAUCAAAAUGUAUCUACCAUAAUAAUAAUAUGAGUUAAUCAGAAAAUAAUAGGUAUUUCACACGACACGAAACUGUAUGACGAGUUUAAAACCCCCUUUAACCCCAAUGAUCUUAAUUGUUUUGUGAUGACAUAUUGCCAACUGAUUCAGACGAUUUAGUGGUGGCAGCGAUGACACCAUAAAAUAAUAAAGACGCACGAUUUUCAAUUUUUGUAUAAUGGAACUAUCAGAGAUAUGUUAUGAAAUAUCAUUAUACGAAAAAUAUUAAUGGUAAACAAAUGAAAGCACCAUCACCGAAACAAUCUAUUCAACACGGUGACUAGUGAUAAGGUCAUCUACAGAAAUAUCGUUCGGGAUUUCUGAUUUUAAAAGGAACAACACCGAUGACACCGUUAAUGUUAUUGCAUUUGAAUUUAGGAACAUACGGUAUAUAAUAUGUCAAAAGGCGGGUUCGCGCGUUCGCCCAAUCUCGGCCUAAUAUAAGCGCAACGUAGAUUGUUUGUUUUAUAUUAUACCAAUCCUUGUCGAUCUGGCCAAGUUGUGGCGUUCUUAAGAAUUUUAUUGGAAGGGAAGAUAUAUACAUUGUUUGCAAAGUGACCCACAGGCGCUACGUCCUCACACCCUCACAAUAAAAAUAGAAUAUACGUUAAAUUUCAAUACAUAUAAUUAUAGCUAUAAUUUAUAUUUAAACGAUUUUUAUUUGUAAUGCAAAAUACGACACAUUUCUUAAUUUUUAAGUCAAGGCAUCAAAAACUUCUUUGAAAUCAAUAUUUACUUCUCUAUUGAGUGCUAACAAUUAUAAUCCAUUGAAACGGUCCUAUACAUUUCAUAAAAUUAAGACAAACAAUCCUAACGUAACCUUUUUCAGUCAUUGAAUUCAAUAGAUUUUAAUAUCAAUUAGACGUAAAAUUUAUAUUAUGUAUAAACCGUAUAUUACCGUGGAUAUUGAUUAUAUUUAAUCAAUACUACCCAGUACCUACUACCGCAGAAUAGAUGGCAUUUCAUCUAUUACCAAUUGCCUGCUGAUAUUAAUUAUUAUAUAUUACGUAUACCUAUUAUAUUUAUAAUAUUACGAUAAAAUAACUUGUUAUAUAGAAAAUGAUUACGAGUCAUCAAUUAUUACAACUAAAUAUUAAUUAUGCAUAUCACUAUAAUACUUACCUAAUAACAUUUUUUUAAAAAAUAAUGAAACAAUACCUAUUAUUGGGCGCAAAAAAAAUCUGCAUGCGAAGAAAUAUCUCCCAUAUUCUCCCAUCUCGUGAUCGCCUAUGUUACCAAGUCACGUGCUUCAGGAACCCGCCAUUUGAUACGUCUAUACACUGUCCUUGAUUGUACGAUCUUGAGACCGAACAUGGCUGUGUUCGCGUGUUCUUAUACUGUAGUAGUUGGAUAUCCAAUGUUCUUUUAUCUACGUAUACUUUUUAAUUUUAUCUUAUCUAGAUAAAUAUAAAAUAUAAUCGUUAAACUAUUCAAUUUAUAUUAAUAUAUUGUUCAUAAUUAAUUAUAAUACGUUUUUAUUUAAAUUAAUUAUUUAUAUUAUUAUAAUAUAUAAUAUUAUUAAAAUUUAUCGCGUUAUAGUAUAGUUUAGUCUCCAAUUUCGUGAAAUACACUAUAAUUAUUAAGUUACAUUGACUGCAAAACAUUUGUUUGUAUAUAGACGUGUACCGAAUCUGGCAUUUACAUUUACUACUUAUAUUAUUUGCACUUUAGUAUACUAUUAUACUGCAUUUGAUUUUAUGAUACAAGUUAUGAACAAAAUUAUAUUUUUUGCUAAUUUGUCGUUGUCUAUUUGUCUAGAUAUUGUUGAAAAUGUUAAAAUAUAAUACGAUCUUUCAUAAUUAUUCUAUAGCAGUAUUAUCUCUGAUAGAUAUUCAGAUUGAUAGAUAUAGAUAUUUUUAAAUUGAUGUUUAUACAACAAUGUAAGUUGUAUCGUAACUUUAUAAUAUUAUAGCUAUCUAUAUUAUUAUUAUAAUAGCUAUAGUCCGCGACCGACUGAUUGUACGCCAUAUUAUUUUUGUCCCAACAGGUGAUAUUUAUCACGGAGUACAUGUCUUCUGGCUCGUUGAAACAGUUCCUAAAACGUACCAAGCGUAACGUGAAGAAAAUUUCUCUGACCGCGUGGAAACGAUGGUGCACGCAAAUCCUAUCCGCUCUAAGGUAUGUGCAAGAGCGCUAGACGCUCCGAUCCGGUUGGUAUUAGGAUCGUAAAUAUUUCAAAUAUUGUUGUUUUUUUUUUGUUAUGAACAAUUUACCAGUAUAAUUUGCCGCUUUUUCGGCGCCAUACUAUUACAUAUAUAUAUAUAUAUAUAAUAUAUAAUAUGUAUAUUAUACAUAUGCCGCGGACGUAUUUGUAAUAAUAAUAUUAUAAAAGUUAUGUGUAUAUAAUAUAAUCGAUAAAAUUGUGAGUAUAAUAUAAUAAUAAUAAUAUCAAUAAUAAUGAUAAUUAUAAUAUUAUGAUGGUAACCUGGUAUAUAAUAAUGUUGUAAAUGUGUCGCGCAAAUUAUGGUGCUAGUGGAUUUGGAUCUGUAUCGUCGUCGCCAAUGUUUUACAAUGUAUAUAAUACAUACGUAUACUCAUAUUAUAAUACUUUUUGGAUACGAGAUGUGGAAAAUGAUGACGAUGAUGACGAUUUAUACCUAUGUAUUUGUAUACGCACACCAACUCCAGGACUCCAGCACCGCACGCACGCUCCACAUUAUUAUGUGUAUAAUUGUAUUUUUCAGACGGAUUAAAAAUCGAAAAAAAAAACUGUAUUAUUGAUAAGGAAACGAGCACUUCCUGAUGUGUCACCCCGCACGCGCUCAAUACUCUCUUCUAAUUUCUGUACUCCUGUCGAAAAUUUGUUUUGUCUAACCACCGCGACGUCGUCGUCGUGGUCGUGGUCGUACGUGGGCCGAACACCAAAAUACGUUUGUUGACGACUACUACCCAUCGACUAUCAACUAUAAUUUACUUCCGCCACCGUAGUAAUUAAUAUAGUACACCGUCUCGGCGACUAUAUUAUAAAUCCGUCAAUACACAUGUAUAAUUGUGUAUAAAUUAUAUCACCCACGUAUGCGUAUUUGUCCGUAUGCCGUACGUGUCGUCAAAAUCGUUUUGUGAUCUGCUGAAAACAUAAUUCGGCGUGCAAUAUAAUAUAUUAUAUAGUAUAUUUGUAUUGUAAUAAUAAUUCGCACUAUCGGAACAUUAAUAUUAUAGUGUUGCAACUUGAAAAAUUUCCGGGUAGACCAUACAAUUUUUAAAAAUGUAAUUGUCUGUUAUGAGCAAAUUUACUUUUUUUGAGCAAGUACACUUAUUAGUGCACUACACUAAUGCUGGGUUGCAUAAACCGUUUAAUGAACCAUAAUGUUUUUAACGAUUCAUCAAACAUUCAGUAAAUUGAAUGGUCCCUUAAGUUAACUCUAACAACACAUAAUUUCUUGUUCAGUAUCCAAUUAAUACUUAUCAGGAAGUUAAGUCAGGUUAAGUUUUAAUGUAAGUAUUUUAAACUUCCUUGGUAUCGCCUGCUUUAUUCCCAAUGACGCUUGACGAAUAGAUAAUAUAUAUUGGAAAGUAACCUUAACUUUCGUGAGAACCUACUGUUGUUUAGGUCUAAAUCAGUGCCUGCCGAAGGCCUAUCAACCUAUCAGGCCUAUACCGUCGCCAAUCAUUUCGACCUUCCCAAGCACAUUAUAUUUUGAUCCUUAAAUCAUCCCCUUUUCCUUUAUCUUUUUAUGCAAUCUAGUAUUACACAUUUAAAUUAAUUAUAUUGCAAUAGCGUAUUAUAUCGAGAUUCUGCACAGGCACUAUUGCAUUUUUGCAACAACCUAUAUAUUAUUUAUCUUAUAACAAUUAUAAUUGACAUUUGUACGAAAUAGUCAUUUUUUGAGUUACAAGACUAAUGUUCUGAUGGUGCAAAUUAUUUUUAUUUCAAUUUGUUCAUAUAUAUAUUUUUUUUUUUUUAUAUGUAUCGUGCAUUCGUGCACGUGUGCGUGUUUACGAGUACCUACGUAUAAUGUAUAAAUACGCGUGCGUGUUUCGAGUACGUAAUGUUUACUAUUUAUUAUACUUACAUGAUUAUCAUUAAUAAUUGCGCCUAAAUAACGAACAGAAAUUUAGUCACCCCGAGUCGGUGAAAUACUAUUCUUCUCAAUCGUCCUGUUUUGUAGGUACUCCGGUGUGAUGGAAACCGAGAUGACCGCUUAACGACGGUCGCCGAUAGCUGUUAGUUUUUUUGUUUUGUUUAAUUUUUUUGUCCAUAGAAUAACGAAGCGAAAAACACCAAAAAAAAAAUAAUAAUAAUGCCAUUUGGCCGUGGCGGCGUAAUAGCUGAAAAAGCAUAUAAAAAAAAAAAAAACAAAAGUUGUGGUUUGUUUUUCAGUUACUUGCAUUCAUGUUCACCGCCCAUCAUCCAUGGGAAUCUGACCUGUGACACGAUAUUUAUCCAACACAAUGGACUCGUGAAAAUAGGAUCAGGUAAAGUACCGCAACGAGCGAAACAUGCCAUGUAAGGGAAAAUAAUAUACCAAAAAAAAAGAAUAUAUAACAGAUAAAAUUUUUAAAAAAAAUGAAUAGUCUAACGUACAUAAUAUUAUUAUUAUAAUAUACCGUACUAUAUAUACACAAUUAUUAUGGAAGGUGAUGAUAAUUGUUACAAUAUUAAGCAUGGUUGAAAAAAAACAUAUUACACACAUACACACACACGUACUUAAAUAUACUUGCAGUUUAUAUAUAUAUAUAUAUAUAUACAUAUAUAUAUAUAUAUAUAUUUAGUGCUGAAGUCCCGAAACCGGUGCGUACCGUACUUUGUCGCUGGCCGACGGUCCUAGGCAAUGACGAUGCUAGGGACUGUCCCAAAUUUCUGUGUAGGAUUGUAAACGCGUUCGCGGUUUUCAUAUUGUUUCGGCGUUGAGGACCGCGUGGGUUGUCCAGGAUCGGGCCGGUCGGGUCAAACGUACGUGCGGUCGGUACGGGGGCCAAAGCACGACCACGAUUGCGACGGUACUAAUAGUUUUUUUUUCCUUAAAAAAAAAAAUAAACAUAUAGUUGCUCCAGACACCAUUCACGUACACAUCAAGACUUGCCGGGAAAACAUGAAAAACAUGCAUUUUAUCGCGCCCGAAUGUGGAAGUAAGUAUAUAUCUAUCACCUAGGUAAUAACAUAGUAUCAAAUUUCCCUAUAAAUAUUUGGUAAGAAAAGCUUGUGGCAAUAUCUGGCAUUGUUUUUUUUUCUUUUAUAAUUGUGUUUUACAUAAAUUUGUUUCCAUCUAUUUUCCGAUGUAAAUGACAUUUACAUGUACGUAUAUUGUAAUAAAUAGUAUACUGAAAAUUAAAAUAUUUUAAGUUACUGUGAAAUAAUUUUUGUUUGAGAAAUAAAUGCAUUAUAUAAUUAUAUAACUUACCUAAGUCAUUUAUAUUUAGGUCAUUUAGAAAUUUAGUUUUAACCAUUUAGUAGUUUUCAACAUUUAAUUUACUUUUAUUAAAAACUAUACAACAUUGACUUAAGCCUUUCUUCCCUGAGACAAAAAAAAAAAAUCAUAAUAUAAAUUGUUUUAUAUUAUCGUUAGUUAUAAAUAUUAUUAAUUUGGCAUAACUCUGACUAAACAAAUUUUGUGGUAAAAGACGGACGAAGUCCCGUGGCGGAUCCAGGAAUAUUAUAAAUGCAUAUUUAAUUUAAUAAUAAACAAAUGUUUAAAAAAACCAAUUCAAAUUUAUUAAAUAAAACUAAUAGCGGGUGUAUACGACAUCUGGCCCAUUGUCCAGAGUAGCCAGAUACCCCCUCCUACCCGUAAACAUGCCUAUCAGUGGCGUAUCUAGACAUUUAUAUUGGGAAAAGAAUGUAGUAAAAUAAUAAACAGGAUUUGUAAACAAAUCGUAGAAUCUUGUUGUUUUGUGCCAAACCCAGCAAUAGGAAUUAAUAAGUCUGAUCCAAAAAAGCCAAUUUUCUUUCUAUUAAUCAAGUUCUUUUCCUUGUAAGUGCUUGGAUAAACAUUCAAAGUUGAUGCAUUUUUGAGCCAUUGAGAAAUGGGGAGGGUUUAUAAUCCAUAAUCUCCCGUUCUGAACGCCUAUGUCGUUAAUAUUGACUUAUAGUUGACUCCUGUGUCCGAUUUCAGACUUCGUGACGCCCGCCAUCGACAUAUAUGCGUUCGGCAUGUGCGCGUUGGAGAUGGCCUCUCUGGAAAUACAGGGAAACGGCGAUAGUGGUACGUUGGUCACACAGGACCAUAUCAACCGUACCAUCGAGUCGCUCGAUGAUCCUCUGCAAAAGGAUCUUAUUUACCAGUGUCUGACCGCCGAUUUUGAAAAGCGGCCGUCGGCCCGAACACUGCUCUUUCACCCAGUCCUCUUUGAGGUGCACGGGCUGAAAUUGCUCGCGGCUCACGCUCUAGUUAAGACUGGUAAGUUCGUUCCUCGAAAUUGACUCGACCCCCCUUUCCCCAUCGUUAAUGACUGUUUAUUUUUCUAUGCUGUUAAAGAACAUUUUGCCGACCGACUGUCCGAUGAGGUGUACCCUCAGGAAAAAGUGAUGGCAGAAAUAACGCACCCCGAUGAGACACGGUGUGUGCAAUACAAGAUGUCUGACGUCCCCGAAAGCAACAAGCUUGAAAAGUUCGUCGAAGAUGUCAGGUAUUAUUUUAUUUAAAUUUCACCUAAAUGUAUACUGUAAUAUGUUUACAUUAAAACCAGCAUUUUUAUCCUGUUUUUUUUUUUUUAUAGGUUCGGUAUUUACCCUUUGACGGCAUAUGCGUUGGAAGCCGGUCCAGUACGAUUGACCACAUAUCAACCUCAAAGUCCCACCGGUUCAAUGGAUCAGUCAAUUCCGUCAGAUAGAAGUAGCAUUGGACCAAUUGAUGUCGAAGUUAGGCGUAUUGUCAACAUGAUGUGCAACAUCAAACCACGAGACGACGCUCAAAAUGACUUUAUGGUCAGUUUCAUUCAUUGCACAAUUGUACAGUGUGGUUAAGUUGAUGUGAUAUCCACAUAAUAUGCUGGCUUCAUCUUACAAAUUUAUAACACAGUUAAUUUGCGUUCAACAAGAACAACUUUAUGCUGUUGAUUUUAAUAUUGGAGUUAAUUGACUAUUUUCAAACUUAAAAGUAAGCACAUCAUAUGUACAACCAUGUAGGUAUUUUUGAUAAUUUAAUUUUUAACCAGGAUAUAGAAAUUUUUAAAUUGUGAUAAUUUACAUACUCAUGUGAAUCAUAUCUCACUUAAAAAUUUAAAUAAAUGAAAAAAAUGUCCAUGGUUGCACAAAUAAUGUUCUUACCAUUAAGUUUGAUAAUAGGUCAAUUCAUUCUAAUAUCAAAACUAAAAGCACAAAGUUGUCUCUAAUGAACACAAAUUUGCUAUAUGUAGGUAGUGUUUGUAAAAUAAAAUGAAGACAGCUUAUGUGGGUACCACGUGCAUUUUUAUAUACUGUGUAAUUCAUUUAUCACAAUCUAAUAAAUUUUUCCAGUCAAUUUUAAGUAAAUAUGAUUCAAUUUUGCAAUCAUUAUUGUUUACCUUUAUUUUAUUUUAUGUUUUAAAAUGUUUACCCCAAUCCUUUAAUCUUUAAAUAAAUAUUGACUAUUGAUUUACAAAUGAAUUGCUAUUUUUUUUUAUUAAUUGGUAAAAUUAAUGAUAGUUUGUAACUUUAGUAAUUAAAAUUAUAAUAGUAGAAAAAAAAAUUAAAUUAAUUUCUUUCAUACUUAUAACAUAUCUAAUAAACCAUAAAUAAUCAAUUAAAACGGUUUUUUCUAUGCAUAGAUGACAAUUCUACUACGGAUGGAUGACAAAAUGAAUCGUCAACUGACAUGUUCUAUAACAGAUGCGGAUACUGCAUUGUCUCUUUCCCAAGAGCUAGUGCAUUUUGGCUUUAUAAACGAAGUAAUUUUUACAAAUGAAGACAUUUCAAUAAAAUAAUUAUAAUAAUUCAAUUAUUUUUUACUUAGGCCGACAAAGAUAAAAUAUUUGUGAUUAUUGAAGAAACAUUGUCAGAGGGCCCUCAAUAUAAAGAAGAUGGCCAAUCGUCAGUUCUAGUAGACCAUGACAUCAUUUCACCGUCCAAACUACAGAAACAGCCAUCUGUCAAUACUGUCGGUGGUUCGGCUGCUUUAUCAUCGCUAAGACCCAGCGUUAUACGGUCACCUAUUAAACGCGACGGUAGUUAAUAAUAGCUAUGUGGCCAACAAACGUUGGCCACUCGGUUUCGUUCAACUUAUCGCCCAUCAACAAAAUGGGGGCAAAUUUAUUAUUUAUAUUCGUUUCUUCCAAGUUUAAAUAAUAUGAAAAAUAAAUUACAUUACUUAAUAUCAACAAUAUUUCCUCGUGGUCUGUGUCAAUUUAAAAAAAAAAAAACUAAGAAAAGUGUCUCUCACAAACAUCAAGUGAGGAAUAUAGAACGUUAGCAUUUAGACUUGAGCCAUUUAUAUUUAUAUACAAGAGUAUAAUCAAUUAUGAUAAGCUUAUUUUUUAUUAAAUAUUAAUAAUAAUAAUAAUAAUGUUAAUAAUCUACAAAUAAAUAUUUUAAAUGAUAAUAAGAUAUUAUUGAUAUUUAAUUAGAAUGGUAAAAGACACCUAAAUUAUUUGUUUUAUAUAUUAUCUAUAAUCUGUCAUUUGUAUUGUUAAUCACGUUAUAUUCAUUCCAACAAAUGCAAAAAAAAAAAAAAGAAGAUUUUAACAGAAAAUCGCUCAAUAUAAUUUUUAUUUAUUUAUUUAUUUUUUUUUGUUUUUUUAAUUAUUAUUAUUAUUAUUGAUGCUUUUAUUCAACAUGUUCUAUCUAAUUAUUAUUUUUGUUCACAUUCGUCAUUUAAACGUAUUAUUAUUAUGUUUUAUUAUGUAUCUAUCAGUUACCUGUCUUUUUUCAGCUAAUCAUGUAUGGUCUACAAAAUUUGUAGGCCUUCAGCUAUUUUUACUAUAUUAAUAUGUAUAUGUACUAUUUUAACACAUUUACUGUCUACCAAUUUUGUCAUUUGCCUAACAAUGUACGUUGUAUGUUCGAAAUGUGAUAAGUUUAAAAAGUAAUAGAAAAGAAUAUAUUAGAUUUAGGCUUUAUUAUAUUUUACAUAUGAAUUUUGAAUACCAUGAUGAACAUUACAUGUAAAUUAUUAAUAAUGAAUUAAAACUGUGAUACUUACGACUAAAUGGUUAAUUUUAUAUUACCAAAUACAAUGGUACCUAUCAAAUGUUAACCCUAUAGCUCUUUCUAUAAUUGAACAUUGUACUAAAAAAAAAAAAUAUUUACUAAUAUAAUAUGUAAUACUAUAAAAGUAGGAUAUAUAAGCAAUGAUAAAUGAAAUUCAGUAGGUGUUUUUAAUUCAGGGCUCAAAAUCGGUUAAAAUUGCGGUUUUGCCAUUAUCUAACACCCUAACCCAAAUUGGACUAUAGUAA